GAGGGGAAGCAGGAACAGGCGACGAGGCGAAAGGGAGAGGGGGUGAUAGGCAGGAGCGAAGAACACAAACUGGAACUACCCCUGGAUCUUCAAGUUAAAUAACGGAUUAUUCACCAUUUGUUAGCAGCUUCUACCACCGGGAAAGUCGACCAAAACCCUUCGGACGUCCCCUGGAACAAGUCACCGUGAGUGAUGUUGUGUUUUGGGGAUUAUUUGAAGUGCUAAAAGAAAGUCUGGGAUGCGGUUGGUAUAACGUCCUUCCCUACUGUUUGGUGUAAGCUGUUUCCUCGCACAGUUUCUGAACAUCUGAAAAUAUCGAAUCACUUAAAUGAUACAGGAAACAACUAGUAGUCUUCUUUAUAACUCAAUACCUGUGGCGAAUGUUUGUCUUUCGGUAACUUAAAAAGCAGUUCAACCAAAGCUACUGCCACCAAAGUCGUCGCCACAGUCACAUGGAGUAAAUGAAGGAUAACGUCAACUCUAACUUACCUUUAUCACUUUGUCCACAUCAGCCCACAAAUAUUCUGAUUUUCUAUUGAAUAUUUUUACUUUUAUGACAAAUUUGAGGUUGUUUAGCUCGCAUUAUUUGGUGUCCGAACCAUUCAAACGUGCUUAACUCCCUUUUCAAUCUUAAAGCUCUUAUAGAGGUAAUUGUCAUGUUGAUGAAACAAACUGAAAUCCAUUAUUAUACUUUUUUAUGAUACCUAAAGGCAAACAAGACCAUUAAAGAGAAGAUUGACAGGUCGCAUAUCCGAAUAUUUAAAGCCUGAAACUGGUGCUUGGGGGGUAGGUGUCAGCUGAGUGGCUGAAGAAACAAGCAUGCUUUUAUAAUUUCUAUGUAAAAUAUUCUCAAUCAAUCAUAAAUUUGACAAAUCAAAGUAAGCAGGAUGAGAUUUUGCAUUAAAAGUCAAUGUUUAAGCAUGUGGAAGACAAAACAGGAAGUGCUGCUUUGUCCACAAAUAGCGCCAAAAUUAACACCAAGCCAAAAGCUCCUCAAAGGAACUUAAAAAGCUUUCAUGAGGAGUUUUUAAGUGAUCAUAAAACACAUCUAAAUUAACAGUGGGGACUUUUUAUGAUCCACAAAUGCAUUAAAAUAACCACUGAUAUGAAUAUUGGCUUAUAAUUUACAGUAAUUUUUUAUGUCUGUAGCUGUUGUGAAUGGGUAGAAGUAAGAUGGUAAGUUAACUUUGUCCUUAUGUUUAGUUUUUGGACAGCGAAUACUCGCAGUUAGAGAUACAGUCACUGUUAAAUAAAGGACAGGAUAUUUUGAUAGAAAAUACAACAUACACAUAAACUGAAUGAGAUAAGCAAAAUAGAUUUGUCCACAUGGGGCGCCAAAGUCAACACAAACAGAAAGUUCCUAAUAGAAGCUUUAAUGUAUCAGGUACUGUUCUGUUCUGUUUUUAUGAUACAUAAAACAUUUACAAUGAAUGACUGUAAAAAUCAGCAGGACAAGAAUUGUCACCAGAAGAUGAUAAUGUGGCUCAAAUUUCCAAGCACUGGUUUUACCUUAUCCUCUUUUUAGUCAUAGGAGCAUUAAAAGACACUGAAAAGUUUAAUGUCACUGAAUCCAAGUGGAACGUUUCAGAAAGCUUUCGCUAUGUGCUCUGCAUUUUCUCAGCAGUUUGAGGUUGCUGGAGACUAAUUUGCCACCACUUCAUAUUCUGCAUGUGAGAAAAUGCUAAUGAACUGCAGUAUCCUGAGGCCACCAAAGCUUCAGACCCAGUGCAUAUUAACAGGACGGAUAUUCUGCACACUAAUAUUUGCAAUUCUGCGGACAACCUCAGGACUGAUGUUAUUCAUAAAGGCCACCAUUUGGUUUAUUCAUGGAACCUGCAAUGAAAUAAUCAGAGUUAGGUUGUUGCAUUAUGAAAAUAAACCGCAAUCAGACAGUUUGAACAGUGUGUCUCAUUUUGCGUGAUCAAAAAUGACGCCAUUCUAAUGUCGAACAACAAAAUCUUCUUAACUGAGCUUUGCUUCAGAUAUAAAUUGCUUGCAAGUCACAUUCAUGGAGCUUUCUUCAGGUCUGAAUUAGUAUUUCCAAUGUAGCUCACAAGGCUAAUUGGCCUACCCGGCCCAUAUUUAGGUCUGUUCUGGCUGCAUGCUCUCAGUUCACUUACCAUGACCAAACGCUGCACCACAUGCAGAGCUACUUUCGAGUGGUCUUUGAUGAUAAACUUGUGUUGGCAAGCUACAACAUGCUGUGGUUGUUUUUCCCUUUUAUACAGCUGACAGCAUCCAUGUGUUUAAACCAUGUGUUAAAGUACUACAUUAAACAAUUUGGCAUUACUAGAUCUAAAUAAAAGUGGUAAUACAGCUUCACUCUAUCGAGAAAAUCUUGGGAAGGGUAUGUGUGUACACUCAUCAUAACUAUCACAUCCUUGCAUCCUCUGCUUUUUUAAAUUCACACAUUCAUUAUGAAUCCCAUGGUUUAUCACUUUCUGUAAGUUUUUUUUUUUUUUAAUCACCCAACUAUUGUAGUGCAAGCAUACACUCAUUACAUGAUGCAUAGAUGUCUGAGAAUUACCCACCAAUGGCAAGAUUCUCCUGCAUGUGGCAUGUGGUAUAUAUAAAUUUCAGACCCUGGUUGCCAUUCUUUUACACUCCUCCUCUUCUUUUUAAUUCCCCACCCAGACAUUGAAUGUUAGAGGCAAUUUUGGAAACAUUUCAGGACCUCAUGUCUUGGAAAUGUCCAGAAAAAGUCAGGAUUUUAUGUGUGAAAAGGCUGCAGCGAGCAAAACGUGCAUAGAUAAUCCAAGUACUGUAGUUCCCGUCUAAUUACCUCACUGUAAAAAUGCUAACAUGCACUUAUUUUGAAAGGAAAAAUAAUACACUUUUACCAUGGUCCUUCUUGUGGCUGGUAUACAGCAGGCUAAUACAGGCGUGGUGGUUGUGUGUGUGUGCGUUUCUGAGUGUGUGUGUGUGUGUGUGUGUGUGUGUGUGUGUGUGUGUGUGUGUGUGUGUGUGUGUGUGUGUGUGUGUGUUCGUGUAAAUUGCAGAGCUGUGCAGGAGGCCUAUAUUUAUAGAAACACUUGACUACACUCAGAUCUUACAGGAGCAAUCCUUUACAGUAGAGUGCAAAGAGCUCUGCUGCGUGUCGUCUGUUUUUCUGGUCUUUCCUACAAGAGUUUGCUGUGUUGUGGUCUGUUUAUUAAACUCUUCUGGUCUUUGCAGUCAGCUCCUGUGUAUGCAGAUUUACUCAGACGGGCAGACAGACAGACAGACGGACAGAGAUGGAAAAACUGCUGAGGAAUAAAAGAGAAUAACAAAGCAAGCAGUCUAGUUGCAGUAUGUGGUGUGACUCAUAACUAGUGAUGGCAGUAAGUGCAGACACAUAUUGUGUAUGUGGAGGUAUGCCGAGGUCCUGAACAAGAGCAUGUGUGUCUGUUAUAUGUGUGUCAGGAGAGUUUCAGGAUGUUCGUGUGAAAGGGAAAAAAGCAACGCUGCUUCUAGUUUUAGAAUUAAUAAGAAGAAUUUGUCUGCUGUUUUUUGAGCACAUUCAGCGGCUUUUUUUAUGUAUGAUUGUUUGCUUUGAAGCAUCAUACUUGCAGGUGUGGACUGGAGUGAGAUGUUUUCUAAUAAUGUGCAAAAAUGAAAAAGACAGCAGUUACCAAUUAAAGUAAAUUAAAUUCUCCAAAAUGUCUUUUCUUUUUUUUGUAUUUAUACAGCGACAAAUCAUGACAAGUAAUUGAGGAUGUGAUUCUUCUGAUUUAAUCAAGAGUUCCAGAUUUUCUGACCCUGAAUCAUACACAACGGCAUAACAGCAUAAGAAUUUGUCACUGAAUUUUUCUUGCUACUCUCCAGUUUAUCAAAAUCAGUUGCACAGUUGAUCAGUUAAAAGAGGUCAUAAUUUUAUAACCAACAAUAUUCUCUUAGAUUUUUUCCUUCUCCCUUUAUUACUAAGAUAUGGUUUUUGGUUGCUAUAGUUGCAGUAAUGAAGCUAAUGCACUCCUCCUCAUCCAUAUAAUUGUGCUUUUUUCCAGUUUCCACAUUUACACAUAUGUUUGCAAUAGGGAUGGGAGAAAAAAUGGAAACAGCAUAGUCUAUUUUGUCUGGUGAUAUAUGAUAUUGUCUCACUGACCAAGUAUCGAUUUUUUUCAAAUUAAUUGUUAAUAUGAAGUCAAAUCUAUGAUAAUGGAAUAAUAAGAACAACUGUUUGUCCAGUGAGGUUGGCAUAGGUGACAUCAUAGACAAACAAAUAUAGCAGCACCUGGGGAAAGACAUUAGGAAUGCAAGCAGGGCACAGAUGAGAUGGACCUGACACACAGUUUGUAAGAUCUGCUACAUGAGAAUAAAAUACUGUGUAGCUAAACAGUUGAAAAAAUGGUAUAAAUCACAAUAAAUUGUAUCCCAAUACUCACUGUAUUGUAAAAUUUUGAAAAUAAAUAAUAUAUUGAAUAUAUUAAAUAAAUUAUAUUGUAUCACAUUGUGGCCCAAAUAUCGUGGUAAUAUCAUAUCAUGGGGCCACUGGUGAUUCCCUUCCCUGGUAUGCAAACAAAAACAAACUAAUUUUACCAUGUUUUUUUAAAAUAGUUUACAAAUCUACACCAUUAACUUAUUGUAUGCUGACGAUUAUGUAAUAAACAGACAAAAUAAAUCAGUAACAGAUGAAAAAAGUGCAAAAGGGAAUUUAUUUAUUUAUUAUUAUUUUUAUUUUUAUUUUGUUUUUCUUUUUUUAAAGAGAAGAUCAUGAUUUAUCAAUACCCUAAACAGUUAGUGAAAUGUUAUUGAAUAAAUACGGAGGAAGCAGGGGGAUAAAUCUCAGAAUCACAGAAACCUCGGGUAGAUCCAGAGGCGUUUGUGGGCAAGUAUUUUCUACUGUAUGUUGGAAUGGGCCAAACCAAUCAGAUAGAAGGGUAGAGAGGAACGAUUAAACAGAGACAGACAGGAGGGAUGUGGUGCUCUUUGUUUCGCACCUGUAAUUAAAUCUGGAAGUAUGACUAAGUAAGCGUGUGUGUUUUCCUGUGUGAGUAUCUUUGUGUCCUGACUGAGUCUAUCUUCCUCAGGACUUAUUCCUCAGCAUCCUCCUGCGUGUGGUUUCAGCUGUGACGGAAAAGCAGCGUGUUUGUGUGUGUGUGUGUGUGUGUGUGUGUGUGUGUGUGUGUGUUUGUGUGUGUGUGUGUGUGUUGUGUGUGUAUUUUGGACGCUAAAUGAAUGUUCAUUCCUUUGACUUCUGGAUUGACUGCACUCAGGAAGCAGUUGCCCCCCUCCCCCUUGCUCACACACACCCCUGUGUGUACACACAAACACACAGACAAGCAUAGACUCUCUCUCACACACACACACACUCACAAAGUAACUUACUGUACAUCCUAAAGCAUGCUGCGUCCCCCAGGAGCUGAGAGGAAAACGCCUUCUUCCUCCCAGCAGCACCAACACUGAGAACAUUUCUCUGAGUGGUAAUGUGUGUGCUGCCGUGUCAGUGUGUACCUGUGUGUUUGAGUGUAUGCUUGUUUGUGUGUUGCGUUGAUAACGCCUGCAUUUACCCCAGAUCUGUAAACAUUGCCUUGAUGUUGUCAGAGGAGAAUAUCUUUGCACUCAUUAAGGGAAAUGUGUGUGUUUAUACGUGUUUGCUUUCUUGUAGUUGUGUUUGUGCGCUUUCCUAUUGAAGAGGGACUUAAUAGGAGACAAUAAUACCAGGAAGGUGAACAGCUGUGUGUAUUUGUUGUUUCAGCUAUGAUUCCACUAUUUAUAUGAGACCUGGACAUGUAUACCAUGAAAGAGGUGUAGUUCUGAUAUCAAACAAGGUCUUUUUUUCAUGAAAUUUAAAACCUUAGGGAAACUCCAGACAUAUUUAUAGCAAUUUUGAUGUCAGUCAGCCCACAAUCAUUCAAGACCAGAGUCUCUAUUUGGGGGAUAGAGGUUCAUAUUUAAACUGUUAAAUACUCAGUUUAUCGGUGCGUUAGGCUGUCUUAAGUUGUGAAAAAGUGUCAGUUCUCCUUGAACCCAGCGGCUUACCACCAUCCUCAUUAGCACUGCGUGUGAUUGGUCAGGGAGUAUUUAGAACACUUUUUUUUAUUUUUUAUUUAUCCUCUAUCAUUUCUUUAUUAAAAUUGAAAAAAAGAACUUAUUAAUUGAAUAGCCAUUACAAAGAACAUACAUUCAUUAACACUUCUUCAUGACUAAAUCAGCAGAAGCAAAGUUUAUGUGCCAAAAGACAUGUAAAAAGUUACAAUAUACCCCCCCCCAAAAAAAAAAAACCAAACAAACAAACAAACAAAAAACACACACACACACACACAAACUCAAAUGAUGCUUUCGAGACUACUAUUUAACAGAGCUAAAGUUCUUCAUGCUUACGUGACAAAAGCUUCAGUAUUUUUAGUGUUGGUUUGAUGUCAGACUCUUCUCCUUUGUUGUGGUGUACCACAGGGCUCAUUCCCAGGGCCUCUACUAUUCUCUCUCAACCUGCUGCCUUUAGGACAGAUUAUAAGGAGUUUUAAUGUUGCCUAUCAUCUGUAUGCAGACAGAUGAUAUAAUAGAUUUUUGACAGAUUUCUCAACAAAGCAUGAAUAAAUGAUGGGAUACACUUGGCCCGGUCUGCAGCAGGUGAUCACCUUGCUUCCAUCUACAUCAGACAGGUAUUGCUCUUUCAUUUUUAAUAGAGUAACAAAUAAGCAGGUUUUCUAACCCCAUCUCAACAGACUUGUCUCAGUACAUAGAGAGGGACAACUAUGCAGUAAAGCACUCUAACUGUGUGCACUGAAAUCUGCUACAAUGGCAGGAUAUGACAUCAUUGUUAAUGACUUGUUCCUCCUUGGGGCAUGCACACACAAGGACACACACUCGCACACACAGCCCUACACACUCACAGAGAGCUGCACUGGUUAUUGGUGCAAGAAUGUCAGCUCAUGAUGAAUGGAAGUGGGACACUGUGAUUCCCACUGGUGGAUAUGAAAUUUGUGCGUGAGUGUGAGUGCACGUGUGUGUAAAAGACUGACCCCUUGACCUGAAGAAAAAAUGACGACACAUGCUUAAAGCUGUCUCUCUCAGCACUCUCACUGAGUGUAACACUGACUAUGUAACAGCUGAGAUAUGAACUGUUACAGCCUCAGAUAUAAUAAGUUGUCUCUCUCCUGCAGAAUGCAUUUGUGUGUAUUUGGUGCCUGAGUGUGCACUGCAGUCAGUGUAAUUAUACAGCAGUGAGUCAGAGAGGGAGACAGAAAGGAGUAAUUGUUGGGUUUUGUCAUAUAGCAACACAGAAGGAAGAUAGUUGGGAGGAGGAGAAAGCUCAGCGUAGAGAUAAACUCAAACAAAAAGAUGAAACAUGACGAUGUUGUUUAGCAGGAAUGAUCCCAAGAUGAAAAAAGUUUAUGUACCUAACAGAGAAGAUGUGUAGUAAACUUGGAGCGCGUACAGCUUCAAAAUCAUCUUUAGAAGUAGAUCUCUUAUUUUUCAGUCUAUUUGGUCCAACAUUCAAGAUCUAAGGGUAAGUCUCAGACACCAAAUACACUUUAAAGCACACUUAUGGAAAUGCUGAAAAAUAAGUAAACAGAAUCAUGUAAAAUUUAAGUAAACACUUAUUUGCUUCUCCCACCCUCAAAGGUUCGAUAAAAGUCUCUGGGGUGUGUAUGCUUCAUGUAAAGCUGUUCCCAUAAGCUGAUUAGUUUAGCUCAGGAUAAAGUCUGGAAAUGGGGAAACAGCAAAAUCCAGCCACCAGCACUUUAAUUAAAGCUCCUGGCUGAAUAUCUCAUGGCUGUGCUGACUGACAAAAUAUCUGGUUAGAUAUUUUUUUAAUCAUACAACCCCCACAAAAUGUUGUGAUGCUGUGUGAAAUGUUUAUGUUAAAAUAUGAUGGCUUGCAAAUAGGGAUGGGCGAUAUGGGCUAAAAAAUGUAUCACGGUAAGUUUGGCCACUCUGGCGAUAACGAUACAAGUCUCGAUAAAAGAUUUUAGAAUUCCAAUGUAUAUUUUUGACUCAUUUUGUCUUGAGAACACCAGUUGAAUAAGUCAAAUAAGAUACUUAACCACAAGUUUGAGAGGUAGGUUAUGGAGGAAACUAGAGACAUCAAACAAGCCUCAAAUGUGAAAAAAUUUUCUACAUACUUGAAAGCUCUCACUGCACAGAGUGAACAGCAGCAGAUUCUCUGUCCGAUGUCAUACAUACUAUAUUGUACUCAUCUAACCCCAAUCUUGAAGGAACUCCCUCAUGUGAAGCCUCAUUCAGUAACGAGCUGCUCAGAAACGUCUUCUUCAUUACCUUCGGCCAUGUUUGUUUGUUAUUCUACUCUGUGUGGGCUAUGGCUGCGAGUCCGUCGCUCGUGCUUAUAUCGUCAACUUGCAUUUGUCGUAUUUAUCAUGUGAUGGCAAAUAUUUAUCAUGGGGGAUUUCUCCUGACGACAUACCGUGAACGAUAAUUUAUUACCCAUCCUUACUUGCAAAUUUGUGACCUAUUCCUAAAUGAGAAUAUUUUUGUUUUUUUACUGUCAUUUUAAACUUGAUGCCAGCAUUGUGUUUCUAGAGUUUGUAUCACGAUUAUACAGUCAGGAGUUAGAGCUGUGAACAGGCCGGUUUAGCAGCAGGACUCCUCUACUACCAAGGCUGACAUCAACGUCUGCUCGGUCAAUCAUAUGACUUCAUCUCAUCUCUAGGUUCAUGCACAACCACACACUGACAAAAACACACAGUCAUCGUAGAUCACAUGGACCCACACACACAGAUCAGCAGUGAAACACCUGGGUACGAGCCUGAGGUAUGACAUCACGCAGACUCAGACUACUGUGCUUCUAUUAACUCGUGUAGCUGAGGUCAGAUGUGGUAUAGAGCUACAGUGUCUGUCUGCCUCUGUGUAAAUGUGUCUGUAUGUGUAAUUAGUCACCAGCACACACACACACACACACACACACACACACACACACACACACACACACACACACACACACACACACACACACUCACACUCCUGUAACAAAGAUUCAUUUCAUUCAAGAGUAGUCUCUCUCUCUCUCUUUCUCUCUCUCUUUUGUCUUGCCAAGUGCUUUUCUGUUUGUAAAAUCUUGUAGCCUCAGUGCAGUGAUCCUAUCCAUGUGUCAUAGAGGGGUUUCCAUAUUAACUUUUGAGUGGCUGGUGAAGUAAAGGUUUGAAAGUGUUGGAGUCACAGACUGUAUAAAACUUUGAUGUCUUCUCAGUUUCACCCUUUGUUUUCUGAAGAGCCAAAAAAUAUCAGUCAGGAGGCAGGUGUGUGUGUGUGUGUGUGUGUGUGUGUGUGUGUGUGUGUGUGUGUGUGUGUGUGUGUGUGUGUGUGUGUGUGUGUGUGUGUGUGUGUGUGUGUGUGUGUGUGUGCGCCUGAAAAGCCAAGGGACAGUGUAAGUACCACGGCAGAGAGGCUGUGAGUAAAUAUGAAGGAGCUACGUCUAUGAUAAGUCUGUUUCAUAUGAAUAUACAGUAUAAGCCUGAUACUUGAGGCUAUAAAAAUAAACCCUCACAAGAAGGCUGAACUGGAGGAUAUCUUUGAUUUGCAGCAGACAUGGUAAACAAAUAUGAUGAUCAGUCAUAUUUCCCUAUAAAAAAAACAACAGAGACAGCUUUUUUAAAUCAACAUAACUUUUUAGUGAUGGGUGCGGCAGUUCUCUUAGAUGUACUAAAUCACAAGAAUCAGUUCACUAAAAAGAUUCGUUCACCGAUUUAUAGCUUCUGGGACCGGGAGACAAGAGUAUUGUGGCUGUGUGUAGGUUUGUAAAAAUGAACUUGUUUAUAAAUCAUGAGUUUGUAAGUGUACUGUCCAAUGAUGUGCUACUUAUCUGGUCUACUUGGUAAAUUGGGCUCAGUGAGUGAUUCAUUCACUGAAUGUUUACCCCACAGUACAAUCAGUGAAGAAUUCACACUGAACAUUCCCUCGCAAAUCGCCGCAAGGAUGGGCUCAGACAGUCGCGCAUUUCUCAAACUGUGGGUUUUACACACUACUUGUAUAAAUGCUGUGCCCUGCUGUUUGCAAGUUGUUGUGGUGGCAAUUUAGCAGAGUUAAAAAAGAAAAAGUUAGUUUUGUCCGAGGUACACUUGAACACAACACAUCCCUAUCUCCCUCCAUCGCUCCUGCCAAGAGCUUGCUACAGCUGGUGAGUCUCACUCUCUUCUCAGUACUGCUAUUAAAACAACAGGGAACAACGGUCGCCAUGAAGGUGUAUUCCUCAGACAAAAAUGAUUCCAGAGAGUGUAGUUCACUGUUUGAUUCAGGCAUCGGAGCGUGCAGUCCCUCGCUCGGCAAUGCUGCGUGCUAUGGCAGCUGUGCUGUUGGCAGCUAAACUGAAGUGAGAAACAAACAAAUCACUCAAGAAAGUCAUUCGGUUCAGCACGUUCACUUAAAAGAUUUGGUUCUUUUGAACAAAUCAUUUGCAAACGUAACAACACUAUCACUUUUGAAAGAACAAAACAAAAUCAGCCCCAAAAAAGGUUAUUACGGUAUCCACUGGGGGCACUAAAUCAACACAGAUGGAGAGUUACUUACAAAAGCUUUAAUAUCUUCACCUAGAUGAAUUCUUUGAAAAAAAUCCCUCCCUAUACUGAAUGAUUUUGUGUCAGGCUGUAAACAGUUUCAUUUCUGCUGCAGUUUUUGCUCUUUUGCAGCAGCUGAUUUCAAGAAUGAGAAAACUGCAGGUUGUUUGCAAUGGCCUUAUGAUACUGUGAUGAUACUGGGUUUGUGCUCUUAGCACUGAACAGGAAUAGAGCUGAAGGUUCUGCUGUUUCAUGACAUCAUUAUAUUUAUUAUUUAUUAUAUAUUAUUUAUUUCUUAUACAUUCUUACAUUUUCCUUAAAAAAACAGCUAACCUAAUAGUAGGACACGCUUCUGUAUGCAGAGUGACUGCCGCAUGAUUAACUUUGUGUUACCCAUAUAUACAUCACCACUAGAGGGCCAUGUUAACAUACUAACCUACCAGCGUGGAUUCACAGAAGAGUGGGAGAUAGAGACAGAAGGACGGAGUUUAAACCCUUCUGAAUGAGAGUCCAAAAUGCCAGCAGCUGUGUGUGAGUGUGUCUGUGUGUGUGUUUGUGUGCCAUCUUGCUCUACUAAUCCAGUGGCCCAUUAAUCUGCUUUACCCCUGUGCAACUCUGGGCUCGUCUGUUGGUCUGUUUGCUUACUUGUGAAUGAAACAGAGAGCUUGACUCUGUCCCGGCUCAUUACCAAAGAUUUAGUGUCGAGUAUGCAGUUGUAAAUUAGAGUAAAAUCUCAAUAGUAAUAGUCAGUGAUAGCCGAGAGAUUUAGAGGCACUUAGGGAACAUUUUGUGGUCCAUAACUGUGGGCACAUGGAGGAAAGGAGGAAGAGAUCUAUUGACAACAGAUUUCUGCCUUUAGGACAUGAAAAUGUAUGGCCUAAAAUGCUGCUCAAGUGUCCUGAAAAGCUGAAAAACCCCUUCAAAUGAUGAUGAUACAAUUUCCAUAGAACAGAACACAAAAUAGUAGACAGAUAGCUUUGAUUUUAAAAUAAAAGUUUGGUUUUACAAUGCAGACAGUAGAGCAACCUUAAAAAGACAGAUAUUUUUCAAACUAAAAGAAUGACAAACUGUCCUCUUAUUAGGCUGUGUCUUUUUCAAACAAGUUUCAGUCACAGGGCUGCUGAUGUGAAUAAUAAGUUUGAGCACCCUCAAAAAUGGAUGAUGAUGUAAACAGGGACCAAAAUUAACACCAGGUUUCCUGUCUGCAGCCCACUCUGUCAGUUUAUAUUCAGAAAGUUAUGGUCCUAUUAAAAUGUACCAUCAUAAAACUGUUACACAGAAACACAGUUUUAUUAUUCUGGCCGGUGAAAACUUGGAAAGUGAAUGUGAGUUAAUUGUGUUUAUUUGUGAAGUUUGUAAAGUAAUGUGUUACUUCACCUCUGACUCGUCUCUAUAAAUCAUGUUUUUUUUUCCAUUUGAUAUUCUUCUCUCGAGUUUAUGAUUAAAGUUUUACAAAUAUCACGUGGUUGUUACUCAUUUUCAACCAUGUUAAAAGCCUGUUAAAUAUCAGCGCAAAUUUAGCAUGAUGCACUUCCCCAUAUCCCUGCGUGUGAUGUGAUUACAGUGUAAUUUGAUUAUAUAUACAGCCUGUAUAAAAAAGAUCAAUGAACCAAUUGUCUGCUGUCCCCCGUGUUUCUAAUUUUCUGUCAUUUUUUUUGUUUGGUGAAGAUGGAUUAUUUGUGUUGGACAGACGUUGCAUUAUGACUAAUUGAGAAGUUCCUCAGGGUGAAUUUGUCUUCAGGGAGAGAGGAUAGCCAAAGGCAACAACUCUAACACAACAGAAAUUUUAAAGAAGCCCACGCUUCUCCUCUCUUUUAAGUCUACCACAAGCUCCAGAUCUGAAUUUUCCCUCUUUGUUACUUCUGCUUCACUUCUAUCACUUUUCUCCAUUUUAUCACUCUUUUUCCACUUUUCAUAGAGUUAUUAUUUCAUCCCUUCUCUUCUCUCUCUUUUCUGACCUGCUUGUCUUCUGUACAUCUGGCUCUCACUCUCCCCCCUCCAUCCUCUCCUGGGAGACAAAGACCCCCCUCCUUCCUUGCCCCCUGUUCCUUCCUCUUCUUCCCUCCCCCUAUUUCACAGUCAGCCCUUCCCCUCCUCGACUCCCGCUGGUGAUGCUGUGUGUUUGUGUGUCAGUGUAGCGGCAGUUGUAGUAGUAGUAGUAGUGGGAGGAGGAGGAGGAGGAUGAGGCCGGCUUGUAGGUUUAAUCCGACAUUAGCCAUCAUUACUGAGUUAGCUGGCUAGCACAUCAGAACGCUAGCCCAAAGACCACAGAGAAAGAGAGAGAGAGAGAGAGAGAGAGGGGGUCAGGAUUUUGGCUUUUUCCCAAUUAAGCUGUUUGUCAAAGGGGGGAUUACUCUUCUCUUCACUUCUCUUCUCUUCUCUUCUCUUCUCUUCUCUUCUUCUUCUUCUUUUCUCCCCUUUUUGGACUUUCAAUGGAGGGAUUAUACCACGGUAAGAGUUUCAUUAUGCAGCAGUGUGUGUGCACAUGUGAGUGGGUGCUUGCAUGUUUGCGUGAACCCAUGUAUAUUUAUGCUCGUGUUUAAUUAUACAUCAUGUACCAGCAGUUAUGUUUUUAUCCUGUUGCAUCUAAACUAACAGUAUCUGAAUAUACUUCAUGUUGACCAUGGGAGUCAAAGUGCUGAGAGGAAGUGCAGAUUGUUGGAGUUUGGAUGUCCUUAUGUUCCUGCAAAUAUAAGCUGUGGAUGAAGUUUGAAUUUAAACACAUUGUUUCUUAAUGCAGUUGUUGAAAUAGUGAUGAUGAUGAUGCCCUGAAGUAGGAGGAGUAAAACUGAGUCAAAGCUGUGAGAUAAACUCAAUUGCAAGCAGAUUGAAAUGCUAUUUCAAUUCAUAGAAAUUUAAUUAUUGAAGAAAUGCAUGCAAAAUACGAAACGCCAAAAGUCAUUUUGAGCAUUUCUCUUUUUUUUGUUAUUUUUGACUAUAUGUCUUUGAGAUUCUGGGCUGUUGAUUGAGGAAAACAUGAGAUCUGUUAACUUUAUCAUCAAAGCCAAAUUAAUCAAGUAACUGAGAAAUUUUAACCACACUUAAAUUAAAAAAAUGAAGUGCUGAUUUUGUAUUUUUUGGACAUAUUUGAGUGUGAUCCUGUCCUCUUCUGCUUUGUUUACCAUCUGCAAACCUCAGCAUUGAUGGUGAACAUGGAAAAAAAGCAUAUCGAAGUAUUUGGCUGUAUUCAUGUAGGAGGCUUCAACUCAAGUGUGCACGUGUAGUAAAGGAGGUCAGCGCUGCUUGUGUGCACAUGUGUGUGCACAUGUGUGUGUUUUUUGAGGCAGUGUGUGAGAGGUGUGUCAGAUUAGUGGGUUGUGUCUGAUGAAUCAAGCAUUCCUCUUUAUGCAGAGCAUUUCCCACUUGGCACUGUGUGUAGGCGUUGUGGAGUAUUUCUGUUUCGUGUGCUCUUGUGUGUGUUUGUGUAGGUGUGUUAGUGUGCAUGUGUGUUGUAAGUGUAGACAUGAGGGAACAAUCCCCCGGCGGUGCUUUUGUUUCUAGGUUACGUCAUGUAUAUUUCAGUAAGAUUUAAUAUUGCUCUCGUGGUUCAUAAUUGAUGUGCAAUGCUAAACAGGAAGAAUAACUCGCCCCCUGUCUUACACACACACACACACACACACAUGAACACACACACACGUCCAUACAUACUUAUAGACGGAUAAAGACUUACACCCUGCUUUUCACUUGCCUUAUGUAAGUGCUGUUUGCCUUUCUGUUAUUGAUACUGAAACCAUAAUGAGUCGAGUUCUUAUACAUACCGCUCUUGAGUCAGUUCUAUUAUUUUUUCCAAUCAAAUAUUUUGCCUUUGGAAAGAUUUUUUUUUUUUUAACCAAAAGAUUAUUCUCUCUUUUUCUGGACGUGACAUUUGAACACAUCAUGAUAACAUAUUUCUUACUUUGACUUCAUUCUCGUUUUACUGACCAGACCCUGAACACCUCACAAUGAACUCGUCUGUCACCUCUGUUAGUUAACUAAUUAGCUUACAUCCCUCUGAUUUCCACUCUGGAUUCUGAUUUUUAACUUACUGGACUUGCUUUAAUGCCUGGCUGAGUUUACCCAGACUGCUUUUGGUGAAGAGGUGCUUGGUUGUUGAGGUUGAGGGUUUCCUCUUGGCAAGAAAUCAUUUUUUAUCAUACACUAUACUGCAUUUUGCUUCACCUCCAUCUUCAGUCUCAGCAUCAUGUAGCCACACUUGUUGUCGUGUAAAUUGAUGAAUUGAUAAAUAAAAUGUUUUUUUAAAGGACAAAUGCGUUUGACUAUACCAGGAACUCCACUUGACUGCACCACUAGCCAUGUUCGUUUGAUUAAUUAUACAUCUGUUAUUUCGGUCUAGUGCUGCUCUUAUCUAUAAAGCAUGAAACAGACCUAGAAAGGAUUUGCUUUCAUUAGCCAAUCAGAAUCGAGUAUUCAUUUUUCGCUUUGUAAACUGUUCCCCUGAGUUUGCUCACUAAAAAGAGUCGUGGAAGAAUUUAAUAUUUAAUCCAACUGUUUUUUUUUUUCUUGUUGGUUAAGUGAGCGUAAAUAUUUGUUUGACCCUCCCACUGGGAUGGUACACAAAUACGACUUUAUGCCAAAUGUGUUUUGAUUUAUUCAAAAGUGUCAUUGUUUCAGGAAAAAAAAAAAAACAGUUUCAUAGGAUCUUAGCAGUUCAUUCGUCCUCAAUCUGCUAUGAUGAAUUAUACAUGCUUUAUCUGGUCUGAGGGUGAUACAUUAACAUGCGUGCCGCUCCAGUUAGCCUGUUAGCUUUAUCGCUGUACCUGAACUCAACACACUUGAGUGAAUGUGUGUAUCACUGUGUGUGCCCUUUUGCAGAUAAGUGUGAAUGAGCAGUCAUGCGUUUACGUGACCUUAUUAUAUUGCACGGGUGUUUGAUUUAUCUGCAGUGUGUAUCAUCUGAGGGAUUGUGUGUGUGUGUGUGUGUGUGUGUGUGUGUGUGUGUGUGUGUGUGUGUGUGUGUGUGUGUGUGUGUGUGUGUGUGUGUGUGUGUGUGUGUGUGUCAGAGAUAUUAAAUUCAGUGCAAUCCUUGCAGCUUUCUAAUAAUUUUAUAAGGUUGAAUAACAGGAAAAGAGCACUUAUGCUUUAUCUGCUCCCUCCUUGCUGAUCAGAUGUAUUUCAAGGACACAAGCAUUACAAGUUUGUGUUUGUUGCUCUUUGCAUUAGAGCUCUAGUGUAAGUGGCAGGUGUGAUUGGUGCCUCAGGGGUUGUGUUGCAGCAUCGUAAGGCUGCACGCUUCACUAACACCCUAUUGUCCAGAGGGUCACACACACACAAACAUUCAGGCGUGUGCCAGCUCAGCUUGAAGUUUAACCAUUAGGCUAAGAGCAACGAGGCAGAGCGUCCGGCCGCUCCCCAUGAAUGAAUUCAGUUUAUAUUAAAUAGAAGAGGGUCUUUUUUGAAACAAGGAUAAAAGGAACAUCUGCCUCUUUUCUCCCUCAGUCAGCUUGAUCCACUGCAGCUGAAAUGAUCCACAUAUGAUGUUUGCAGGAGCUUCAGCUCUCUUUUCUGCAUGGAAACCCAGAGGCACAAACUCAAUCUGAGUGGGCCGUUUGGACUUAACAUGCAAUAGCAAAGAGAUCAAUAACCACAGAUAUAGAAAGCCAAUACUUAAGGGCAUAGUUGAUGCAUAGUGGAGCAGGAUAUUGACCAAUAGGAGCUGUCCGGGACGGUCGGCUCCCAUUGGUCAAUGGUUUUGCAGCCCUGCGCCUUCUAGGGUGAACAGAUUUUUUUCCAUUCUUUUUUCUCUUCACUUUGUGGAGAUCGCACUAUAGGACUAUGAUCGCCAUAGAAACGAGAUUCAUAAUAAUCAUCAAUCUCUCCAAUUGUCAUCCAUGCCUUUAAGUUACUGAGAGAGAGAUCAGCUGGUGGUGUCUCACUAAAUAUUUCUUCUUCUUACAAUAGUCAUUAUCACAGCCAAAGAGAGAGGACAUGUAAGGAGCAGAAAGUGGGAGACAACAUGCAGCAAAGGGUCUCUAGAAGAGCAGCUGCUGCAGUGACGUUCGCCUCAGUACACGGGGUUCACGCUCAAACUGCAGGGUCCUAUCUCUGCUUUUAAGUAUCUGAGCUUAAGAGGCUUUAGUCUGGGUCACAUAGAUGAAAAAUAGUCUGACCCUUUGAACUCUCACAGAUUUCCCUCUGAUCUUAGACCUGCAGUCAGACAUCGUAUCAUAGCAGAGUCUCCUUUGGUUUUUCUGUCUAAUUACAGUUUCAAAAGAGCUGUAAUUAACGUGUAAUUAUACAUGUUGUAUAGACAAACAGACUUCUCACAUUGUAUGUGUGAGUGGCGGGUAGGUUAUCUGUCAGACAUGUUUGAGUUAUGACUGCUAAUCCGCUCUCUGCCCAUGAUCACAGACUUUAAAGUGGGCCGGAGCCAAAACUGAGCAAAAGUUUCCCCUCCUUAACUUAUGCUGCCUCAUGAUACUGACAUGGAAAUGAGGAGCAGGACCACCAUGCAGCUGUAGAAAAUGCAAAUAUCAUUUUUGAUCAUGAACAUUUAAGCGACUGAAAGCCUUCAUGAAGUAGUUAUUUUCUCCCUCAGCCAAAGGAGGUGCAGCCCUGAGAGAAACUGUUCAUGUUCUGGCGUAAUGGAGAUGUAGUUUUGCUCUUUACUCCUCCAGGAUAACAUGUUUGGAAGUCAUCACAAAGUCAUGUGGAAGUAUUGUGCAAGAAACUCAACUGUAACAACACAGAAUAAAUUUUGAAAGAGAUGCUUAACCAUUCACUGUCUUCAUAGACUGAGGAGAUCCUCACCCCUCUCCUGCACGUCUUGUAGUGGUGAACAGCUUGAGGAGCAGGUGUUUUGGGCUGUCUGCCACUCUGCAGGGAAGUGUGUGUGUGUGUGAGAGAGAAAAAUGACUCUGGGCUGUCUUUGAUAUAUGAGCAGUGGAGGCUGUUAAACAAGCUGGUUUGUAAUUAGCAUGGUGCUAGCAGCUCUACAGGAGACUCAACAGAGGGAAAAGUCAACAGGGUGUUAGUUAUGUUAUUGCACAUAGAGCUGUCACAGCAUCCUGGUAUCAAAAAUGAUACCUAUCUUCUUUACGGCUGAGGUCAAUUAUAUGUAAGAGCAGAGGGCUAAACCUGCAGCUUAGUUUCAAGAGUUAAACUAUUUUGUAUUAUAUUCCAAAGAGUAAACUCAGGGAGAUGUACUCCUGACUGUAAAGGUGCUGUCUGGUCUUGUUCCUCAGACGUGAGGAGGCCACAGUCUCCUCUGCUUCGUCGUCUAGACUGUAACACCGCCUGUGUGGCUGCAUAUUCAGGCUACAUAACACUUAACUCUCAUCAAACUCUGACAGGGAGAGAGACAGUGAGUGGGAGCAGAAGUGGGACAGAUGGUGUGUGUGAGGUUCAUCUAUGGUAGAUGUCAUUUUAGGCACUUUGAGGCAUAAGAAGCCCCAGAUCUUUUUACCCUGGUCCAUUACAGCUGUGUGUGAUGUGGUUCAGUCAUUUAGAGAUGUUUCAAUUCAAGAAAAAAUGCUCCGUCUGCCAGGCUGCAUUCACAACUUAUCAACCACAUUUGAACGUUGUUUUUACAGAGUUCACAUCUUUUAGGAGUGCAUUUAGUUUUAUUUUUAGUUUAUUUUCACUGGGUUUUAUUGUUAUUGCUUAACUCUGUACAGCGUCUUUGUGUUUUUGAAAAGCGCUUUAUAAAUAAAAUGUAUUAUUAUUAUUAUUACUGUAAUGUUGUCUAAUCUGUUUCACCACCUGACCUGGACUCUCUAACUCACACACACAGUAACUGUAAGGGCCUGGUUUAGUAUUACAAAGACUCUGUCGAUAACACACACACACACACCCAUGAGUCACCUUUUUGGUAUUUCCUUUAUGGUUUGUGGUUUUUCUCCUCACCAUUACAUCAUUAUUGUUGACGACCUCUACUGUCAUUUCAUCCUGCACCAGUGUGUGUGUGUAUAUGUGCAUCAGGGUGUCUAAAGCACUUAGACUCUCCUGACCCCCGCCUGCACACAGACCCAUCACAGCUAUAACUGGGUGUCAGGUUUUCAGUAGGCUUCCUGUGGGGGUUUGGGUGCUGCAGCCUUGAUGUAUCCUGGGCAGCUCAAUAAUAACGUCAGGACUCAAGGUUCAGCUCACACAGAUUCAAGUGAACUGGUUUAUGUUCAUACUAGUGAAUAAAUUUGCUAUGUCAGGAGAACAUACUGUCUUUAUUUUAGUUAAUAGAUAGUGUGUUUAUUGCAGAAGAGGAUAUCAGACCAGCAGCUUGUAAACAAACAAACAAAAUAAAACGGUUUACUACUUUAAUAUGACAGAACACUCCAUGGUUCUCAUUUCAGCUCAAGCAGCUGGCUGCUUUUUGUAUUGCCUGUCCCUUUAUAAAAAGGUAAAUCAUUAACCUGACUGUGUCAGUGUUAGGAGUAAAUUCUUGAAAACAUGUAAUUUCAUCCUCAUAACACUAUGACUUUAUUUUGUAAACCAGCAACUUGAGUAUCUUACGACUUUAUCCUUUUAACAUAAUGACAUUAUUAUCAAAAUAUCUAUUUUUUGUCCAAAUACUCCACUGUAGAAGUGAGUUUUUUUAGCUUAGUUGCUGCAUUAAACAGCUCUAUUAUUGGAGCUAGUACACAACAGUAGUAUGUUCAUAUGACAGUGUUACAGCAAAGAGUCAAUUCCUCAAUCCAAACAAUCCCACUGCUUCCAGAUUUAUUUCAAGGAAAAAUACUCAAAUUGUUUGAUCAAUACAGUACCUCUAAAAAGAGAAAGACCAAUUAACUGGUCAGCCAGUUAUUUAGGCAAAUAAAUGGCAUCUUGUGAUGGGUGCUAUGAAAUACAGAGCUCAGUAACUGCUCGGUAACUCUCAAUACCUCAGUAAAUGUGAGCUGUUGAUCUCUAUGUACAAUGUGAACUACAGGCUUAUGUUCCUGGUCAGGAGUAUGUGCACGAUCAAUCAAUGUGAUAAUACUUUGCAAUGCACAGUCCCACACGAUAUCACUACCCUUUUUUAUAAUAUGUGUGUAUUUUUGUGCUAUCAUACAAAAGUGGUAUCUUCAUGAUGUGAGCAUAUAUAAGUGAGUGCAGUGGUUAAAUAUUAAAGAAGAGGGCUCUGCUUGAUUCGUUCAAGGCUAGUGUGAUGAUUCUCUGGGGGUGCAUGUCAUUACAGGGUUAAUAUAUGUAGGAGGGUGUAGUGUGAGGUUGGGUUGAAGAAGACACUGUUUUAGAGCAGUUGGGUCUUUAAACCAGUGAUUUCUGGGUUUGGCUUAAAAAGGCAACAAUGGGAUAUUGAUUCUUAAAAAAUAGAUCAAUAUCAUGCUGAAAAGUCAAGGAGCUAUUGAUCAAAGUUCUUUAUUUGACAAGUAUUGGCACCUCCUGUGACAGAUCUGUGAACUCCUGCUGUGCAGCUGAAUAAACCUCAUUACUGUUCGGACCGCUUUGAUUUCUUAUUCAGCGGGUAAUAACUCAUCAAACCAGCUAACUCAAUUUGUGUCUCUUUGUGUCUUACAGAUAUUUCCAGGAUUGCCUACUACACAGGUGAGUGACUGACCUUUGACCCCACCUUCACACUGCUCAUUCAGCUGCUUCACUCACUCAAUCACAGCAUUAGCAGCUUAUUUGUACUCUAACCACCACAAGGUGUCUCUGAUGAGGAGCUGCAGACUGAAACUCCAUUCAUGCUCUCUCUGGAGCUUUACUGAGCAUGUGUCAAAGUGUUAAUGAGAGAGUAGAUGUUGGCUCUGUAGUCAGACAGUUGUCCCAGCUGUCAUCAUAUGACCUCUAAUAAUAACACUUGAAUAAUGUGAUGACAUCUGAGCCAACUCUAUGACAAUGGAGCUUACUGCUAAUGGGAUGAUGAAGAUCAUAAAGGAGGGAAUGAAGUGAAGUUAUUACAGAAAUGAGAAGCAAGAAAUGUUUAUCUCAUACCAAUUUUUCUUCUUGGAAUAAUUACAUGAUAAAAAGAAAAAGUACUGUUUAUCAUCUGCAGCAUGUGGAUCAUUGUAAAUGUCAAACUAAAACCAGAAAAAGAAAUGAUCCAAGUUUAUCUCUGCAUGACCUGAGGCUGUAAUUUUCCUUUCUAUUUCUGAAAUUAAAAGCAUAUUGAUGUGCUGUGGCAUCAUUCCCUGAAAGCAGACCUCAUUGGCCAGUUUUAUUAAAUAUAUUGAUGUGCCAGGAGAUAGCAAAUCCACGGUUUAGUCAGCCAUGCUUUUUAUAGCUGUAUAGCUCUGUAUGUCUUUGCAUUCUAGCAGCUGCUUCACUAUAGAAAUGUAAAAAAGGACCCUUUGUUAGUUUAAAAUGUGUAAGGGUAUACAAAGUCUUUUUAUGGGUACAGUGUAAACAAAGUGCUCGCAGUUUUACACGAAUACAAUGUCCACCCCCUAACCUCUUGUUACUCUUCUUGUGGUUAAAAUGUAAACAAGUGGUCCCGUUGUUGCUGUUUGAGUGAAGGGGCCUCUGGUUGUUCAAAAUUAGUAAGUGUAAAUAAAGUUUCCUUUGGUUGUUUUUAGGUGCGUUAAUGUAAACAAAGUGCCCUCUGGUUGUUUUUUAAGUGGGUGAAAUGUAAACAUAGUUACCCCUGUUUUUUUUUUCAAUAAGAAUAUUUAAACAAAGUGCUCUCUGAAUGCGCUUACUGUAGAUUAAAGGUUUACAGACAAUUAGUAAAUGUAAACAAAGUGCCCUUUGGUUGUUUUUAAGUGGAUGAAAUGUUAACAAAGGUAGAGUAGAAGUAGUAGAAAAAAAAUAACAGUAAUUUUUAAUAGUCUUUGAUUUUGACUUAAAGGCUUGAGAUUGUAAAAAAUAUGAUCUGAGAAAAUUCAAAGGAGUUAUUACAAACCCGAGGUUUACCUUCUUCUUAAUUAUUUAUUUUGUUCACAUUUAGUAGUUUAGUGUUGUGUUUCUAUCUCCUUUGAAGAUAAUUAUGAGUUAAUGAUGAGAGAGAGAGAGAGAGAGAGAGAGAGAUACUUUGGCAUAGUCCCAAAAGAGCGCUUCCCAUUCAUGGCAACAUCCGGACCCCUGACAAAAGGCUUUCAAAAGGACACACACACACACACACAUACACCAAACCUCCUGCUCCUCAAAGAACAAUUACCAUGCACAAAUUAUAGGAAACACACUCACACAGACACACACACACUCUGACUGCACCAUAAAGUCUCCUACAGAUUGUAUGACUUUGCUGUGUGCACAUUCUGCUCUUUUCCUUUAAGUAACCAUCAAUGUCCGCUCAGUCCUCCAGUCCAGGCUGUGCUCUGUCGUAUAAAUGUCCACUUGAUUCAUGGAAGCUGGCAUCUGGUCAGCAGUAACACUCCCAUUGAUAGAUAGAUAGGUGCCACUCGCUCACAGGUUCAUUGGAGGCAUGUUGCCAUGGAGAUGAGCCUUCAGGGCGGCGCCUCAAGUACUCUGGGACAUCGAGAGUGCCUCCUCUCAAAGUACAGGCUGACUGACUUUGAAUGUGCUGUCUGAAGGGUGAUUGAUUUGUGGUUUGGAAGUGGAUUGGUUGGCAUGUUGCUAACAGAUGCUUGUUAUCAUGCUUGGCACAGCCAGGGCAACGCCAGCAUAAGGAGAAAAUGCCCUCCUCUCCUCUCCUUUCCUCUCCUCUCCUUUCCUCUUUUGUAGGACAUUUUAAUUGAAUCAUGAGUUUGUGCUAUAAAAUAUGUACAUGCAUGUUAUUUUAUUCCAAAAGAUUUACUGUAAAAUGACAAUAGAAGGAUGUCAGGACAGCAAGAUUAAAUCAAGGUUACCACUUUGUCUACAGGGGGCGCCAAAGUCAACACAGAAAGUUGCUAAUAGCAGCUUUAAUAUCUGGUUUGUCUUAUCGAGGAUAUUUCAGCAGAGAUUAGAGUGUUCCUCUUCUGAUCAGUUGUAAAUAAAUACCCUGUCCUCGCUUUCCUCAUAACUUUAUUUCUUUGUCUUUAAUCUUCAGUGAAUGAAUUUCUCCUCAGUACUCUGGUUAAAACAUUGACUUGUUGCAUAAGAGGAUUUUUCACGUCUUCUUGACUUCUUUAAGUUUUGCAUUGCUGGCCAUCUUUGUCCAGCGUAAGAGCUGCUGUGGCCGAGGUCAGCUUCAUAAACAGAAGUGGGAGGGUUUUUUUUAUUCAUCCAACACAAGAGGCGAGUGUGAUUAGCAUAUUAAUAGUUUCUAGCUCCUCCUGCUCCUCCAGCAGAGCUCUCCCUCUCUCAGUUUCUCCCAGUCUGCACUCAACUUUCUCUCUGCUCUGUCCUCUUUUUCCUCUUUCAUACUGAAACUAUCACUGCACUUCUCUUUCUCUCUCUCUCAGUCCCUCUAUUUCUCUCUCUCCCUCUGUCUUUUGUUUUUAUCUGGCUCACUCUUCCCUCUCACUUUCUCUUUGCGAGGGAUGAAGAUAACUUUCUGUCUGUGUGUCAGUGCACGCAGUAAUUGUCUCUCUCCAUUCCUGUGACCACUAACGAACUGACCGACUGGAUCUCCUUCAGAUCGACCCUGUAUAAGCUGGAUUUGUUUGAGAGGUUUUGAUGAAGGAGCUGUUUUCCCAUCACAUGGACUUAACCAAGUGAAAGAAACGGACUGCUCCAACCAAACACUGUGGGUAUGGAGUGUAGGAGAAAAACUAAAGGAUUGUUGACAUCAGAGAGGAGCCGCUGAGAAGUCAUUUGGAAGUGGAGGAUGAAAGUUUGCAUCUCUGGGGAACUUGUUUGGCUUGUGCAACUGUUGCAAAGAGAAAGAAGUUCAGAAGAUAAGGCCAGCAGAGGAGAAACCACUCAAAGGACUUGAUUUUUGCACUUUCUUUGUGGAUGUGUUGUUUGAAGCCUCGCAGCAGACCAGAAAAUCUGCCUCUCUGCUUGGAAACAACACUUGGCUAAUGAAGCUGUUGACAAAAGCUGGAGACAAAGAUUUCUUCCUUAGAGACUGAGUGUGUGUGUUUGUGUGUGUUAGUGUUUGGUUUACAUGAGCCUGUUCUUGCAGUUGUGUCUGGACCUUGGCGUGUGUGUGUUUAUUUAUGCAAGUCCUGCACACAAGAAGUUCACCGUGCGUGAUGCGUGGUUGCGAGACCGCGAGCUGCCUCUCUGCCCUCGGUGCAGACAGACACCGGGAGGGACAGACAUGCGUUUCCAUGGCAAUGAGUGGCUGUAGCCCCUUCCCCAUGUGCUGGGACAGAGGUAUGAAUGAAAACUUUGCACAAACACAACUACACACUCAGUAAAGGAGCAUGAAGCUUUUCCACAGUGUGACAUCUGACUCCAUGGGAACUGAGCUGGUGUGCAGCCAAAGCUACUGUUGCUCAGCAGAAGUAUUGUGUGUCUGUGUGUGUCUGUGUGUGUGUGUUUGCAAGAGAGAGACUCAGGUCCCAAUUCUGAGAACCAGCAGAGGGAUUCAUCUUGAAAAAAGGCUUCAUUAUUUAAAACUGAACUACAGUUUAUCAGUAUUUUCUCUGAGUUUAGCAUGCAUCAUAAAGUGUGUGUACAGAUGAGUGUGUGUGUGUGUGUGUGUAUCCGCUCUUCUCUCAGGUGUAAUUACCUGCCUGCACAUAUCCAUUUCCUUCCUUUUAAUGCUGAAAGAGGACCAAAAAGGAAACAGAUAACUGUAGUGACAGAGAUUUUUGUGUCUUUUUCCUACAUUAUAACCAUGAUAAAAAAACACUCAAAGUCUCUCAGGAGGUCGUUUUUUUUUGAGGGGGAGCAUUCCCACUUGAAGUUACCAAGAAAUCACCGGAUGUGUGUCAAUGUCACGGCUUCUUACUCAGGAAAAACGUCAGCCUGAGGCGCAUUGUCUUCUUUGUGUUUUAGACGCAGGUGCUCACAUUGAGCCUUGACCCUGAGUGCUCCUCAUUCUCUUUCUAAUCCUCUCUCUGGUGGAUCAUUGUGUGGCGGCACUCAGCUUGUUUUUUAGCCAGCUAAGGAGAGUUGGAUGAAAACUUUUGCUGUUGUUUUAGUAGGUUUUACUCUACUCUAUCAUAAGUAUCCUGGAACAGGGAUGAACUGGAGUGUUCAUUGGAUGGAACCAACAGCUAAAACUGGCAGAUGAUAGAAAAUGAAUCAGUUGUUUUUAUUGACAAAGACUAAACUUUUCGAUCGACGCAAGCGCAAAAACUAACAUUAUCCUGACUCCAUCCCUCUAAAUAUUCAUGGACUGAAUGAUCAAUCAAAUCCUCACUGAUUUUUGCUGGUUUGCUUGUUUUCCUUCCCCAGAAUAUGACAGACACCUAGCAGCAGCAGUGUCAGCAGGGAAAACCAUGGCGACGGCCUACAUGGACCCCAACCUGAACCAUGCCCUCCUAGGAGGAGCCAAAUCCCGUCUUAGCACAGGGGGGUCAGACCGAACCAUGGCAGGAUCCGUGGACCGAGUUCUGAAGGUCUUCCAUCACUUUGAAACCAACACUGAACACAGCUGCUGGUCCUCCAAUAUCAGAUAUGGAGACGCGACUGAUGUCAGGGUAAGACGACACAAGCGAAACCAGUUUCUGUUUGACUGACUGGAGUUGUUUUUGUUACAAGAAAGUCCUGAAAAUUAGACGUAGGCAUGGUCCAGUAUGAGAUAAUGAUUACCUUAGACAAAAAUCAACUUUGAAACCUGUUAUUUUGAAAUGUCUGGGACACUUGAUUAAAAGAAAAAUCUCAAUUUCACUCUCAAUCACAUCUGAGCUCAAUGCCCUGUUUCUGCCCUCUGCAACACAAGGACAUUUUCUGAGUAAAGGACAUUAUACCUCAGGCUUCACUCAGUGUUUGUGCACUCCUGUCAGCUUACUUAUGCUUUUAAAAACCCUCCUGUGACGCAGAGACUGCUCUACGUAGCACAGCUCAAACUUUAGGGGUAGUGCAGAAACAUCACUGCAAAUAUCCUCUCCCCUCUUUCUCCUUCAGUUUCUAGGUCAGACCCUCCAGCAUUUUAUACAACAACACACAUGCUUCUUUGAGCAUGAGUGCGGGUCUGUGUGUAAUGUCCGUCAUCUUGUUUGGGUAGGGACGUCAGAUUUAAUUGCUUCAAGUUACCUACACGCUCACAUAGACUGAUGUCCUUAUGAACCUGAUGCAAAAUGCUGUGAAUAAACUUUGGCCGAGUCUGCACACUUACGUAUAUCUGGGAGAGUAUCAGUGUAAAUAUGAAGGUGAAAUACUUUAUUAGGCUGAUGUUUUCUUAAGCCAUAAAUUAAUUUAACUCCAUUUUUAUUGGUGAGAUUAUUUGCUGCUAUACAAGAGAAGUUAAUUAGAAAUACAUCCCCAUAAAAUUGUUUUCUGCCCUUCCUCCAGGGAAUCAUCCAGAAGAUUCUGGACAUCCACAAAGUGCGCUGGACAUCUUGUUUUGGUCUCCGUCUCACCAACAGCCAGUCCAGGGACCAGGUGCACUGGCUCCACCCUGAUAUGGGUGUUUCCCACGUCAGAGAGAAAUACGAACAGGCACAACCAAACGAGGAGUGGAGGUGAGUUAAAGGGAAAUGGUUGGAAAGAAAGCGAAUCGUACACUUUGCUGCUGUUUUUGUGUUUUUUUGAUUGACUUAGAGUUUGCAGGGGUUUUUCCUGAUGUACAUAUUAAGGAGUUUUUGAUUUGUGGUUUUAGCAUACUGUUAAGGCAAUAGCAGGUUAGUGUCAGUGUCAGUAUUAUUUUUGCCAUUAUCUACCAUCUCAUUCUGCUGCUUGUUAUGUUACAAGUUUUAGGCUUGUGAUCUCCUCAGAUAUGAAUCUAAGUUACCCUGUGCAUUGUCAAAUAUUUGACCAGAGGCAAAUUCAUCUGAGUGAAAUUCCUGAAAAAAUGGAAGUGAAAUCUUACAAUCUUAUUUCGGAAAAACUGGGGACCAAAAUUUUUGUCAGUUAUGAUAUUUUACUGCAGAAACUUUUUUUUUUAAACUAAUUUAACAUGGAGGUAAUCAUGGAUCAGAAGCUACUUAACAACAAGAUAUCAACAUGCUGCAGAGAACAACUCUGUAUCUGACUUUAUUUCAUAAACUGAUUUCUUGUGGGGUGCCACAAGGCUCAAUUCUGGGACCUAUAACUUUUUUGUUAUAUGUGAACAACUUGUACACAACCUAAUCUAAGGUGUUUUUGUCUUGUUUGCCGAUGAUUCCCAUAUCUUUUGACGUUUUAAACUUAGAAGGCAGAUACUUAAUCAGCUUAUUUAGUGAGAGUGAAAUAUUGUCGGAUUUUGCAGCAGGUGCAUGCAAGUCCAUUGGGGAAAUUAGGGGGAACUAGUUUCCUCAGCACAAACAUGACUUAUUUUACUUAGUAAAUCUAGUCAGCCUCCCACAGCAGUCUGCCCUAUUGUAUAACCAAAGUAGCAGAAAGUGAUUUGUCGCAACCAACAACAGGAAACAAAACAGGAGCCGCUCGUCUGCUGUCUGGAGAUUUGAGGCCGUGCUCAUGUUUGCUUUGGCAGUUUUGGCAGUUUGGAUGCUAAUGAUCUGGCGUUUGUUACAUUUAUUGUAGCAGUCUUGGUGGAGACCUUUUGUAAAGUGCAGACCUUUUGCACUGUGAGAAAGAGAACCAGAUGCCUGCUUUGUUUGACUAAGUCAACAACUCACUCUGCUUCUGUCUGUCUUGACGGUUCAAUCAUGUCUUCAUUUGCAUUUUUGCAUAUCAAUUUUCAGACUUUUUUCUGUCCUCUGUAUCUCCUGGGUUAUCUUGUGUCUGUAGUUGGUAUAAUUAAACCUUUUCCCUAUUUCCCUCACUUUCACUGCAAUUUAUUAUGGUGCUUUUACAGUACAGAAAAAAGCCCAGCAUUACUCUGGAGUUUCUUUACUGGGAACAUGAGAGCAGUAAGUGUGAACGGCAUAAAGACUAAAAUUUAUUAGAGGAUAGCCCCUGAAGAUGCAUCAGCUGAUUUCCAAGCGAGUAAAUUAGACUUAGGCUUUUAGACAAUGUAAGCUCACGAUUAUCUUAGAUUCAAUUUGAACUGUAGAGAAAACUGAAUUUAUGAUGUGUUUGAGUCAGAUGAAUUAAAGUAUCAUCAGCAAAGAGAUUAAUGUGACAGUUUGAACAAAUCAGUGCAAGAUAAUUACUGAAAUUUGAAAUUAAUGGGGACCUCAUAUAGAGCCUUGUGGGAUGCCAGAUUAAACAGUUUUAUAACAGUUUGUUUCUGCUUUUUGAUUAAAAAAUGUACUGUUUGUGCAGCUCUUUAUAGGAAAGCUUACUCUUGUUGUUUGACCACAGGUAUGAGUUGAGGAUCCGGUAUCUUCCAAAGGGCUUUGUUCAACAGUUUACAGAGGAUAAACCCACGCUCAGCUACUUCUACCAUCAGGUACUUCCAAAAGAGACACACAAACACUUGACGGCAGCCAGACAACAACAGAUUUAAUUUUCUGCUAGCAGCUACACAGUGCCAAGACAUAUGGCACCGCUUGAAGACAGACUGUGUUUGGCUUUUGGUAAUUUAGGUCAGAGUGUUUGUACGUGUGCCAUUUGUUGCAUAUAGAGGUACAUAAUUUAAUCAUCAUAUUCUUGUGUAUUUGUAUCUUCCAGGUGAAGAAUGACUACAUGACAGAGAUCGGGGAUCAAGUGGAACAAGAUGUAGCUCUCAAACUUGGCUGUCUAGAAAUCAGGUUGGACAUGCUUUGGCCACGUAACAGCGGCUCUAAUUCAGGACUUAGUUCAUGAAAACUUAAAAUGACACACUUGCCAGAAUUCAUCUUUGGUUGGGUUUUUUUCUUUUGGAUCAAGAGCAAAAAUUGCUCCCUGCAGAGAUUAAAAGUUUUGCACUUUGAAACCAUUUUGCUCUCAUUUAAAGCAAAACCUUUACUUUUAUUAUCAUAAAACUUACUCACCUCCCAUGUCUGAACAUGCAUUUUUGUGCAGAAAACUGAGAUAAGUAAUAAGCUCGAACACUUUGAACUGGUAGUCCCCUUGGUAUCGCUGCUGUGAGAAGAUCUGAUCUUGUUCUCUCUGUGUGUCCCGCUGGUUUUUCCCUCCAGGAGGUUCUUCAAAGAGAUGAGAGGGAACGCCCUGGACAAGAAAUCCAACUAUGAGCUACUGGAGUAAGUAUUUUCUUCAUGAACACAGAGAUGCAGUAGCACACUAUCAGUCCAGCUAACGAUUUUAUUGGAGCAUGACAUCUGUUCUUAAAGUCAAAAUGUGUUUUGUAACUGAGCAGAAAGACACAUAAGUGCCUCUGCUCUUGGUACAGGAUUCAUUUUACUCUCACUGUAGAAGUGGAUACAAUUAAAAAAAAUCCACAAAAACAUGCAGAUUACAUUUUCCUUGCAUUUCCUCUUGGGAGAGAAGCCCCUUUCUGUUGGCUGUCUCUGGUUUUCUCCCAGCUGGAUGAAUGCCGAUGAGGAGCGUUAACCAACUCUGGCCCUAACAAGAGCUCGCUCACACUUGGACCGAUCCUAAUGAGCUGCCCUCUUCCAAUACUGGCUUUCUUUUUGCCCGUCAGCCUAACGAGCUCUCCAAUUAUCUCAAAAGAAAGCCCUCUGUCUUUCCCCAGUAUCUCUUUGUCUUCAAACUAUGUGCUCUUGCUUCUCCUCUGUGCUCUCAUCCUCAUAUUUUUGUCAGUUUUCCCUUCAUUCUUACCCUCCCCUCUCUAUCUCACGUCAUUGGCGAACAGGAGAGUUUGAUUAGAUGAAUGUCGAUUUUAAGUUUUUUUAGGCUUCAGAGGCUGUGAAUUUCAAGUAUCACAUGGCUACAAAUAUAGGAGAUAAAUCUGUGUGUAAUCAUUGUGUACAUUACACACAGAUCUAGUAACGGUUAUUGAACAAAAACAAUACCAACAAAAAAACCCACUUAACAGCUUACAAGGACUGACUUUUAAACAGGCUGAUGUGUGAUUUUAAUCUCCUCUCUUUGCCACAUUAAGACCCACUGGGUUGAAAAUCAUGUUUUUCUUAUUUUUUAUACGUUUUAUAAAUUUUUUUAUAUGUUCAUAUGGCAUUUUUCUGAUGCUAUAUUAUUAGCUUUCAUCGUGUCCCUAAAGACAUUAGUGUCCGAAAGCUGAAUAGCUCCUAUGUAACCUGCAACUACUACAACAACGGCAAUAUUAGGCUGUAAACUAGCGUGAGGAUGAGUGUGCAGAGCAGUGCUGUCUCCGCCCACGGCUCAGAGGCGAAUUACUAAUGAUCUACAGGAGCUCUGCAGAAGAAAAGUCCUUGAAAAUGACACAAGUAAAGCGAUUUUUGGUAAAAACGUCAUAAUGACAAUUUAAAGACCAGUGACAACACUUCAAGUAGGAAAAAAAAAAGAUCAGAGUGGGACUCUAACAGCAGCCAUCUGCGAAUGACACUAUACACCUGGAUCAGCAUCCUCUUGAUCAGAUUAUCAGCAUUAUAAUGUAUCUAUCUGUCAUAGGGGGCAGCAAUGAGGAUGAGAGGAUGAUGUAAUCUAUCUCCUCUCUCUGUUCUCUCCCCCCCUUCUGUAUCCAUCUUUCCUCCAGAGAAGUUUGAGUCAUUAACUGCUCCCUGUUUUAGAUCAGCACGUCUGUCUUUGCCUCAGUGGUCACCCUCUUUGUACUCCUCCCUGCCUCUCUCUCUCUGUCUUCUCUCUGUCUUUAGGGCCCGAGCGUAGCUGCGAAGCAGCUGCGAGAGCCCUAUUAUUCCCCAAGUGGUUUUUCUUUGUUUCUUUUUUCUUUUUCCUCCCCUUUGAACUGGAAAAUGGCCCACUUCCCACUGGCGAAAACUCAUGAAAUUUGGCAGGACGACCGGGCCUGGUGAAAAAUUUGAUAUUCUGAAGUCGCCCAAACAAUACAAUGCAAAAUGGCUCCAUAGCGCCCCCUAAGGUGAAAAAUUCACCUGACGCCUGUACGCUUUGUCAAAAUGACACAAAAAUUGACACACACAUGUAUCUCAAUAAGAUCUACAAAAAAGUCAGUGCGGGCAUAUCUGUCAAAUGUACGGUUAAAGGGUUAUUGCACAUUUUUUGCCGAUCCGCACACAUUGGAAUUUCGCUAACUCCUCCGAAGGCUUUCGUUCCACCGGCACCACAUUUGCUCAGGCCAAUCUACACCCCAUGGCCAUUAAAAGUUAUUCAAAUCAUGACGCUGCACCCCACGGUUUAGGUUCUAGGGGGCGCCAAAGAUAACCCUAAAAUCCACAUAUUUAAAAGUCUUAUAACUUUUUAUUUUUGUCCUCUCUGGCCUCCAAGUUUUCUAGGAUGAUGCAAUGUCCAGCCAUCAACACAUUUGUGAAGGAAUUUUUACUCCCCAAAAGAGCGCCCCCCCAUGGCAGGAGAAAAAAGUCCAUUUUUUCUUGUCCCAUGAGGUGAAAAUACACAUUGUUGACUGUCAUACCUGUAUGCUUUGUCAUAUUGACACAAAAUUUGACACACACAUGUAUCUCAAUAAGAUCUACGAAAAAGUCAAUGUGCGCGUAUCUGUAAAAUGUACAGUUAAAGGGCUAUUUUGCAUUUUUUGCCGAUUAGCACACAUUGGAAUGUGGCUAACUCCUCCUAAGGCUUUCGUCCCACUGACACCAAAUUUGCUCAGGCCAAUCUACACCCCAUGGCCAUUCAAAGUUUUAAAAAUCAUGACGCUGCACCCCACGGUUUACGUUCUAGGGGGCGCCAAAGAUGACCCAAAUAUCCACAUUCUUAAAAGAAUCCACCCCCCCCCCCCAUCCCCCAUCCCCCAUGGCAGGAGAAACAGUCAAGUUUUUCCUGCCCAUCACUCAAUGGCUCAAUCGCAUCGCUCUCCCGGCAACACCGUAACGAGGAGCAACUUGCCGUUUGGAUAUAUCCUAGCUGUGUUUGUGCCCUCACUCAUGGUCCAGACUUUUUUCAAAUAGGACAUGUAGUUUGUCUGCAGCGAGUGUUUUGGUAGAAACUGCGCCUCCCAUUUAUUAUAAUGGGAAAUGACCACAGACAAGUGCGCACACCAUCUUUGGACCUUGAGUGUGACGCGAUCAGGAGGGGGAGGCGGUCGCACUGGGGGCGGCGCAACGCGGCUCGGGCCCGCCAGUGCCCCAACGGGGCCCUAGUCUCUUUCUGCUCCCUCUGUCUCCCCCUCUGCUGAGUCUCAGAGGAAAUCAUGAGUAGCUCAUUGCAGUCAACACUUAGUCAACACUUUCUGCUCUCUGUUUUCUGUUCCUUGGUUUCAGCGGCCUGACCUGAUGUGUUUGUGCUGUUGUUAAUCUCUCUGCAGAGGAAAAAAUAAUCUGCUGGGAUCAGAUAAACACAGAAAUGUUUGUCAAUUAGCAUUCCUCAGUGUAAUUACAACAUCAUAAACACGCCUCUGUGUCUCUCUUUCCAGGAAGGAUGUCGGGCUGAGGCGGUUUUUCCCAAAAGAGCUGAUGGAUUCAGUGAAGGUGGGACUUUAAAGUUCAAUAGAGAUCAGGAUUUUUUUGUUUGUUUGUUUAAAUCUGGACAUUUCUGGGACAGUUUUAUUUGAUUAUUUGACUAAAACAGGCGGCUCUCAAGAAUCGUCUAGAACACUGGAUCUCAAGUCCAGUCCUCGAGGCCCACUGUCCUGCAUGUUUUGGAUGUUUCCCUGCUCCGACACACCUGAUUCAAAUGAUCAGCUCGUUAUCAAGCUCUGUAAUGGCUUAAUAACGAGCUAAUCAUUUGAAUCAGGUGUGUUGGAGCAGGGAAACAUCCAAAAAAGGGGCCUGUGUUAGUAAGUAUCUUACUAACCAAAAAUAGAAGAAAGUGUGUGUUGAGUUGAGAAGACGAAUGUGUGGUAUUAUCUUUUUUAAAAAGUGAAACAUGAAAUUUUGCUAAAUGAAAUAAGCAGACGAUCAAUCCCAGGGUUCAUAGCUGUGGUGCCUUAAAACAGAGAAGAGAUGAAGAAGAAGAAGAAGCAGCAGCUGCAGGUGAGCUGGCUGUAGCAGCUCUCUGAAAGAUGAUCAGGCACUUAUAAAACUGACAUUCUGGGACUCUGAUGGCCGAGCUGCACAAUCGCUCCACAUGUAGGGGCUUGAGUCCAGGGGUCUCAAACUGCCUUUUCAGGCCCCUUAUCCUUCUUCCUGUGGCCCGGCCCUGAUGUCAAAAACAUAAUAUAAUCUGGCCCUUAUUAUUUAAAUGUCUUUAGUGAUAUUUUCACGUAGUUUCAUCUGAAUUCCUGUUUUGGUAAAAGUGAGUUUUUUAUUUGUCUGGCUGAUGUCUGACUUUGGUUUUUGUGCGUUUAUAUGAGGCGGCUGUGUUUGCUCGCAUAAUGAGGAGUGUCUGUGUCAGUGAUAAAUUUACGGCACGUGUUUAUGGGGAGGGCCUUUAUAUAAGUGUGUGUGUGUGUGUGUGUGUGUGUGUGUGUGUGUGUGUGUGUGUGUGUGUGUGUGUGUGUGUGUGUGUGUGUCUGCACGGAGGACGGCCCAGUGACCCGAGAGGUCUUGAUGUCAGCAGGCGGGCAGACAGAUGCUCAGCAGAGGGAACGAAGCCGACUGCGUGUGUGUGUGUGUGUGUGACCCUCAGGUCCUGUUUAAACCCACUUUCUCUUCCCAACAAUGAGGAGGGAGGGGGAGGCGUCAUUGUUUGCCUCCUCAUGUCCCCCCCAAUCUGUCAGACCCUGCUGACUCCCUCCUCAUCAGCUGCCCACGUAUCUCCUUUACCUCCUUUUCUUCCUUUUCCUCUUGUUUUCUGCUUUGUGACGGACAUGACAUCACAUGCUCCCUGGAGGCCUGUUUUUAUAGGCCACAGAGAAAUGCAGAGUAACACAUGUGCAGCCAGAUAUUCACAAAUGGGCAAAUUUGACUUGUGUAGGUUUCAGAGUGGGUUAUUUUAAAUUUAUUUUAACAUAAAAGUAGCUUCACCAAUUCAAAAACAGACACAAGGAAGAUUGAAGGUGCAAGUUAGUUUCUUUUACCAUAGCCUGUUAAGAGUAAGCAAGUAUUUUUGGUACCACAAGCACUGAACAUUUUUGAUAGUGUGAUCUGAUCACAUUGGAGUUAUUACUCCAAUUUUUGGCUAUUUGACGGGGGAAAAAAACUCCAAGAACUGUUUAGAAAUAAUGUUCUCAAGUGGUCUCGCUGUUGCUGAGUUUUUGUUUAUGCAUAAUUACAUCAUAUAUACGCAGUUAAAGAAAUUAUGUAAAUGUGAAAUCAAUGACAAAGUGCCACAUCUGCUCUAACAUAUAUAAAUCCAUGUUAAAGUGAGAGAGGGAGCAGCUGUCAUUGAGGUUGGUGCCGUUUGCUCUGGUGAAAGAGAAUGGUAGUCAUUUAAUGGGAUUAUUCUACCUCAAUGGACUCUACUUCCACACACACACACACACACACACACACACACGGCAGAGCAGAUGGCUGUGGUAGUAAACAGUGAGUGAUGUGUGCUGUGUUGAAAGCCUAAUAAAGAGCCGAGUCUGUUCAUUUGUAUUGACAGGCUGGACAGCAGGUUUACUAACAUUGACCUUUGUUGGCUCAGAGAUCAGAGUUGGACUGAAGCAGCUUGAGCUGAACUGAGAAGUCUUUCUUCUUCCCAUUAGACUGAAAACUUUGAAUUUAAAGAAACUAAAUGAGGUGAUGUCCACCCAAAGUUUCCAGUUUAAAUCCUGUCCCUGAGUUGUAGAGUUGCAUAAUUGGCUGGCUUUGUUGCUAUAGAAACAGUCAACAUAGUGAUGUGUGGGGCGAUAAGUACUCUCAGAACUUCCUUUCAGGAAGGGUGGAUGAGCAAUAUCCCUGUACGAGUGCGAGUGUGUGUGUGAGAGAGAGAUAAUGACAGUCCUGGAAUUCCAGGAAUUAAAACUCUGAUCCUUUAAAGAGCAGAAAGUGAACAACAUGAGCACAUACACAUUUUUCUGUAAUCAUGCGAGUGCGGACAUCUGUUGUAAUAUACAUGCGCAUAUACAGUAUAUCAGACAUGCACAUUAUAGAUAUGUGUGUGUUUGUGUGUACACUGUUCAGGAUUCUUGAUUCCCUCAGAUUUAUUGGGAUUGCAGCAAAGUGCUGUGAUUCUGAAAUAAUGAAUAAUGGACUGACAAUAGCAGCUAAAAAAGUGGUGUGUUAUAACACAAUCAUGCUUAAAGCUUCCAUGAGGAGUUCUUUGAGGGUCAUAAAACAGACUGAAUAAACAGAGCUGCAUCUCUGUGAUGUACAAAAGCAAAUGAGACCACCGACCACAAGAUGACAUUUUCCAUGUUCUGAUUUUUGACACUACUUUGUCCACAGGGGGCACCAAAAUCCACACAAAUAUUACGUUUCUCACAGGAACUGUAAUCUUAAGUAACUGACCACUCCUGCCUCCAAAAUGUUACGUUUCAUGUUCAUCCUAUCAUAAUUUACUACUUCACAUGCACAAUAUAAUCCAGCAUUAAUCAGAACAAUGGCACCCUGGCAUAUGCCUGUAUUAAGAAGAAUAUAAAGUCUUGAAAACACGGUUGCAAAAUGCUACGUAAGUAAAUGUUAUAUAUGCAUUUUACAUUAAUUAUAUUCAAUGACAUGACUGUGCAACUAGUACUACGACUUCUGCUGUUGGUUUACUCGAAAUGUACAGAUCUGAAACAUGCAAACAGAAAUAUUGCUGCAUCUUAACACUCUGUUGUGCAUGUAAACACCUUUUUUAAUGCUGCCUUAACCAGACUAUGAUGUGUGCACUUAAACAUACUGUACAGAAUUUGCACCUCAUGUAUCUUGGUAGAUGCAGUGUAUUCAAAUUAAACCCGUAAAUCUAUGCAAACUGAUUUCUCUGUUCUUCUAACUCCAACUGUACUAAUGUUCAUUUAUUUUAUGUAGAUUGACCUCCAUGUCUGCUGCAAAUCCACAAGCCUAGUCUGUACUGAACUUAAUCUCCUGUAAUCUUGAUCUUAAUCUAUAUAUGUGGAGCUAUUUAUAAACUGGGAUUGUCUGUAUUUCACUGUAUGUAUGCUUAGAGUGUGGAUGUGUGCUUCACUACAUGUAGUUGUGUGUCUGUGUAUCUUUUGUUACAUUUGAUACUGCAGAUUCCAGCUUGGAUAUGCAUGUAAGGGGUUAAAAAGGUCAUUUUUGCUCAGGUUAUCUUUCUCUUAAUCCGACUUUUAAUGUUAUUACAUAUAUACCAGAUGAAACGAUUAUAUAAACCACUGUGUAAGUGUGUAUGUGUGUUGCAUAUCUGCAUGAAGAACAUUCCCCAGACGGAUUUUCUUUCUUUCAGUCCCAUCUGUCAACUCUCUAGUGACAUAAGAGACUUGAUUAAAAAAAAACAGAUCUGAAAAGUGUAAUUGUGAUUCUGACAGUAUAAACCUGAAUGCACUACACACAGUGACAUUUAAGCUACUCUGCAGAUAACUCUGCAGUCUUUAAUGUGUAAUUGAGUGUUAACUAUCAAUACGUCUCUGUUUAGUUAUUGAUCUGGUCCCAGUGGCCCCCUGGAAUGAAGCGUUGGGGUCAAUUUGAUUGAGACUACAGUUCAUCAAUCAAUGCAGUCAUCCCUUUAAGUCAGUUUGCACCCACAUGUCCAUCUCAGCUCACUCUUUUCACGACCAGUCUUCUUCUCUGUCCAGGCCAAAACCCUUCGCAAGUUGAUCCAGCAGACGUUCAAGCAGGUAGCCAACCUCAAUGACGAGCAGUGCAUCCUCAAGUUCUUGGAAAUUCUGGCACCGAUCUACCGCUACGACAAGGAGUGCUUCAAAUGCGCCCUGGGGGUAGGUUGCUUUCCUUUCUCACCUCCACUUCUCCUCACCUCUGCUGUGUCCUGAUGUAGUCUGGGAGUUCUGGUUAACUGUGUUAGGUCGACCCCUUUUGGUGGCAGCAGGACUUGCAGGAGGGGUCUCAAACUGCUGGCUCCUCUGCCUUUCCCCCUCUGUUUUUAUAUUUAGAGUAGUUUCUUUUAUCAUUUUUUUCACUAACCUUUCAACUAAAAUUAACACAGAAAAACAUUUACAUUAGAAGUUUAGGAGUUUGUGGGUACAGGUUAUGGGAUUUAGACAGUACCUAUAUCCCUCUUUUUCUUCCCUGUCUUGCCGUUUUGUCUACUGCUGUCUUCCCGUUUUGAUUUGUGUGCACAUCUCCCCUCCAACAGUCCAGCUGGGUGAUUCAGGUAGAGUUAGCGAUUGGUCCAGAGGAAGGGAUCAGCUACCUUACUGACAAAGGAUCCACAGUGAGUGUCCAAAGCUGCUAACUUUGAUAAGAAAUCUGCACAAUAAGACAAGUUGACCUCAUCAGAUGAAUAUUGUUAUAACUGAGACAUAAACAAAGCUAACAUAAGUUUAACCUCUCUUUCUGUCUCCAGCCAACACAUCUAGCCAACUUUAACCAGGUUCAGUCCAUCCAGUACUCAGCGGUGGAGGAGAAGGACAGGAAGGGGAUACUGCAGCUCAAUGUCGCUGGAGCUGCUGAGGUACUGUGUCCUUAUUUGUCCUCUCGGCGCCUUUUUCUCCAGUUAAAGGAAUCAGCUCAUCCAACACACACCAAAAUAAAAACAAAAAUAACCUCUGAAUUUAGUUUUAUCCACUUUAUUUUAAUUUUAAAGUGGCUCUAUUUUUGGUGCUUGUGAACCUGUUUGAAUUCAAAAUAUUUCAAAAAAGAAGAAGAUGAUGAUGACGAUCUUUAGAUCAAAGGCAUGUCUCGGUCUCAAACUGUCUUGGUUUUGGUCUUGACUCAGUGUUGAUGCUUUGACGUCUCAAUGCCCCCUGGUCUCUGUCAUGUCUUGUGUAUAAGACUCCUUUUCCUUCAGUCAUAAUGCCCCCUGAUACUCCAGGUGAAAACUAUAGAAAGGGACCUUAAGCUGUAACCAUCAGAUCUCAGUUAUUCUUAUCCUUCUGUGUGUGACCGUGAUGGUGUCAGCUGAGAUUCACUGAUGGCACUCCAUGUUUUAUUUUACUUAAUGGUUCUGUAACUUCUGCUCCUGCAUGAAUGGAGUCCUUCAGUUAUACUGACAUUCAUAGUAUUAGAUUCACACACACACACACACUGACAUGAGGGCCAGCUGGAAACCUCCACUGUAGUGGUAUGUGUAAGAGAGUAUGAGGGUGUGUGGCUCUUCAUAACAGGCCUUCCUUUGUGUGUGUGUGUGUGUGUGUGUGUGUGUGUGUGUGUGUGUGUGUGUGUGUGUGUGUGUGUGUGUGUGUGUGUGUGUGUGUGUGUGUGUGUGUGUGUGUGUAGCCUCUCACUGUUACGACAGCAUCACUGACCAUGGCAGAGAACUUGGCUGACUUGAUUGAUGGCUACUGUCGGCUCAUCUCCAUGGAAACACACUCGUUCAUCGUCAGAGUGCAGAAAGGUAUGAAACCUCAUAUCCUGACAUUCACCCUCUCACUUCCCUCCCAAAAAAGUCUUCAUUGAAGUCGUUUUUAACUGUUGAACAAUGAACUUUUUUCUUUAAAUCUUGAGAAUUGCGGCUCAUAGCUCAUGAAAAUCAGAAAUCCACUAUCUCAAGUGGAGGUUCAAGUCCAAUCUAGCACAGCAUGGUCAGCAGAUCAGUUUCAGGUAGUUUUUAGGUACCAAGUCCACCUGGAAAAGGAGAUCUGUAUCUCCAUAGAGCUUCUCAGCAGAUGAAGCAUGAAAGUCUUGAGAAUCUCUUGGUGGACUUUUGGGUGCAUUGGUUCUGGACUUGACAAAACACAGUGGACCAACAGCAGCCAAUAACAGAAACCAUCACAGACUGUGGAAACUUCACUCUGGACUUCAAGUACCUUGGAUUCUGGGCCUCUCUCUUGUCUUCUUUCUCUCUGACACCUUGAUUUUCCCAUGAGUGUGGUUGUGUAUCCUGAACUAGAGAGUCUAAGCUCAGUAAACCUUUGCAGGAGUUCUGAGUAAGUCAGAUGAUGAGAGAUUUCUCCAGGACUGAAAUAAUUGGACUUUUCCACAAUAUUCAAAUGUUUGAGAUAGUGGAUUUAUGUUUUUCUUGAUUUGUAAGCCAUUACGAAUCAAGACUCAAACAAAAAAAUCUGGAAGUUUCACUUUUAUAAUAAUAAUAAUAAUAAUAAUAAUAAUUUAUUUUAUUUGUAUAGCGAUUUUCAAGGUACUUAAAGACACUUUACAUAAAGCACACAAUUUGAAUAUAGCAAUAAAAUAAAAUAAAUAAAUAUAAUUAAGUAAAAUAGUCACAUGUUAAAAAGCAAUUUUGGGAUCAUACGUGGGGGGAAAAAAAUGAACUUUUUUGGGACAUUCUGAACUUUUUAAGCUGCACCUGUAAUGUAAGGACCCUGUUUGUUGUCAUCUUUUUUGAUGGUCUGCCUGGGAUAUACUUUGUAAGCAGGAGGACUUGCUGUCUGGACUAUGGGAUACUGUUUGAAGUUACGUCUCAGUUUUCUCAUUGUAAUCCUGAUCAUGUCUGUUUUAAUCCUCUAGAGGGAGAGAGAGCUCUGCCUUCCAUCCCAAAGUAAGUCUCUGUUUCCUUCUUUGUUUACUUACUGGCUUAUAACUGAAUAGUUGAUCCCAGUAUUCUUGCUGCGUUUUCUUCAACUGAAAUGAAAAACCUAAUUUAGUAUUUUACUGGAACCAAAGAAUCAAAGCUCCAGUCUUUUAUUUUUUAACUUCAGAAGCUCAAACACUGAGAUUUCACCUUUCACUCCCAGUUUCUUUGAUUGAAACAGACCUUUCCCUCUUUUUUAAAAUAAUUUAGACUCAAACUUCUCCCUCUUUUUUCUUCCCUCUACUCGUGAGUCUCUGGUCAAAUAAGGAGAUAAGUUUAGAAGCCAAAUAUUUUCCACUUCAAGUUUUUCAAACACUCGAGUCAACCCCUCCUCUUUCUCUCGGUCUUCAGUCUGUUAAAAGUUUCUUUCCCCUCUGCUGCUGGUGUGUGGUUUCUGAUGUGAGGAUCGCUGUAGAGUCCAAAUGAAACAGACAAAGAGACCGCAGCAAAAGCAGAGAGGUAAUUGAAACAGUGAGGGUUGGUUUGCAGAGGAAGGCUGAAAAAUGACUGGCAUGCCGUUAAAGAGGCUCUGAUUUAAACGGAGGUGUGUUUGUUUUGUAAUGCCGCUGUUGUUUGACUGUCUCCUUGAUGUUUUUUUUUUUACUUUCCUCAGAGUUUCCAACAAUGAGAAGAAGUUAGAAGCCGUCAGGAGUGGAGUGAGGGCCAUCUCUGUCUCAGGUAAGGGAGAAAUCACUCCCUCUCACUCGGUUUCAGAUGGUGAAGUCUGACAGCUGCUGUGGCUCAGACGUCUGUCCGUCUCCCUCUCUUUCAUUUUCCUUCAUUGUUUUCCUCUCUGUAGGGUCUGCCUCCUCCUGUCCUCUCAGUUCCUCCCUUCUUUUGUUUACUUCCUCCUCCAUCCAUCCUCCUCUCUGCACUCACGUCCAUUCACUCUGAUUUUUCCGCACUUUGCUCUUUUCUCGCCUGAUUGGCUGCAGACUUUGUGACACCAGCACCUCCUAAGCCAACCAAGGCGCGGCGUUUCCUCCUCCCCUUUGUCUUCUGUUCAGAUUCGCCGCCCAAUGGUAUCCUCGGCUCUCAUUGGACAGUUAGUGUGAGAGCGCGCCAACAGCUUUGUGAUGCAGAGGGAUAAAACGCCAGUUCUGAUGGUCAAAUUAAAGUCCCAAUUAAAGGAUGCACAUUAUAAAACUAUAGGGAAAAAAAAAUAAAUUAAAGCACAUUAAAAUAGUUUAAGUAUUUGUAGUCUGUCAGGAUAACCCUGAAAAAGCUGAAAGGUGAAAAUACUGACACAGAUUUUGCAAAUUUUUGCACCUUGAUCAUGUAAAAUUUGAAAGUUUUGGUGCAUUUUGGGGCUUUUAUCUGCUGCAUCUCAAAUGUUUUGCACUUAAAAGGAUCUCUCUCUCACUCAACUGUCUGUUUUACUCAACUAAUGCCCUACUUUUACAUGUACUUUCUUAAAACACUACAAUCUGUGUGUGUGUGUGUUUAUGCUUCUUCUAACCAAGCAAAUGCCCUCUGAUUGCUCUGUUGUUGUUUUUUUUACAGAGGCAAACCUGAUGCAUGCAAAAAUAUCGGUUUUCGCAAUAAUUGUUAACACCAUUUCUUGCUGCUGAGAUCACAGCUGAGUCAUUUUUAAUGGAUAUUGUCAGUUUUAUUUAUUUUAGUUGAUUAAAGGGGCUGAGCCUAAGUCAUGGCAGGGUGGUCAAAUGGUGAGAUAAACUUUUUGUAUGUCCAAGCAGCAGAUCAUUUCUGGCUCAUGUAUGUUGGUCUGCAGCUCAUAAAAAAGCCCCUCUAUCACAAUCAUGAGACUUUUUCCAGUAUGAACUCCCUCUAUUACAUCAAACAUAUCAGAUGAUCUAAGUCAGAAAACAGUCUUGUAGGUUUUUAAUAAACCUGAACUGCUAGAUAUUGUAGAUUGAGAACACAAUACUGUGUGUGUGUGUGUUAGGGCUGCACGAUUUAUCGAUUUUAAAUUGUAAUCAGAUUAUUUGAUGAUGACGAUGUUAAAAAAAAUUAGUUCUUAAAUCUAUUUUCCUCUCUAUCAUAUCUUGCGCCUCCAGGCCACCAUAGGCUCCCUCUUCCUGCGGGAGUGCUCCCCAGUUCCCACAUACACCAGUAUACACCAUUUUGUGGCUAAAUAGGGCAAAAGCAAGUCGGUCGUGUGGAAUUGAUACGGCUUCACAGUUUUAGAUGAAGAGCAACAGACUCCCUGCUGCAAAGUCUGUCUGAAGUUGGUAUCAACCAGUCCAUUCAAAUGGAUUCUGGGCCUCUCAGGAGUAAACGCAAAAGUUUUAUGUCAUAUUGGCGUUUCAUCCACAUGGAAAUGGUGUUUCGGGUGACUGAAAACAGUACUUUUUUAAAGUGGGUAAAUCGUAAAGUGCUUAAAUCCAUAAACUACAAUUUCAUCUCUGUGUGGAUGCCUAUCUGUAUCUCUCGAAACGAUUUUAUGACACACAGCGUAACUUUUUUUAGGCACCUGUUUGUGUGUCCAAUACAUACAUACAUACAUACAUAUAUAUAUGUAUAUGUAUAUAUAUAUAUAUAUAUAUAUAUAUAUAUAUAUAUAUAUAUAUAUAUAUAUAUAUAUAUAUAUAUAUAUAUAUAUAUAUAUAUAUAUACAUAUAUAUAUAUAAAACUAGAUGGAUUACGCACGCUGUUAGCCAAUGGAGACCAACGUUCACAUAUGGCAGCCAUCUUGCUUCAGGGAGCUCGCCCACUCAUAACAUUACAGUCUACGGUGCAUGUGGCAUUUAAAAAAACAUAGAUUAAUUAGUUUGAAUUAAUUAAUGAAGUUUGGUGAAGAUAUCGCUGAAUAAAAAAUUGAAAUCAAAAAUUAAGUUUUCAGUGAAAAUAAUUGGGAUUUUAUUUUUGGCCAAAAUCGUGCAGCCCUAGCAUAGUUAGAAGUCUGCAUGUUUAUCAGUAAUACAUCCUGCAACUUGAGCUUCUUGAUUCACUGUUGUAGACAUGCUCACUUAAACUCAAGCACACUCACACAACUACAGACUGCAUCUAUCACAAUCCUCAGACGUUAAUGUCAGAGCUAGCCAUCACAGAUAUUAGAUUGAAUUACAUUUACGCUAGGCGCAUAGCUUAGCUUGGCAAAUACCCAGAUAGAUUCAGACAAAAGCAAAUGUCAUCCUUUGGCCAAGCUGCCAGUCUUGAUUUUCUGCGGAGCUAACCUGCAGCAGCCAGCGGUUUAUCUGUACGACCUUCAAAGUGUUAGAAACGCUUUUCUUCUGGUUUAAAAAAGUCAAAUAAGCGUCUCUACGAAGACACUGAGCUCAUUUUCUUGACCACAGUGGCUUGGCUUCUCUUUUGUUUGGGGUUCUGAUUCACAAGGCGGUUUUAUGGAAAUCAAAUCCAAAUGGAGCUGCUCUGUAUUUCCACUUCUUCUUUGAUAAAAUGGAUAUCUUUUUCAGUGUUGGAUUUUACUCAAGCUCACACUUUGACGUUUUUCUGCAUCCUCAGAGUGCUUACAUUAAUCCCAAACUGACAAAUAUUUACAGCUUGAUACAAACACCAUCCAUCACUGAGUCAUCCCUGAAGCUCAAACAUCGCCGGCUGUUUCUUUCAUGACUUCAUGCCUCUGCAUAGUAAAAGUUGUUAACUCAGCCCUUUCUCUGGAGAUAUUUUGGGAUCUAAACUAACUGCUCACUGCAUGUUUGGCUUUGCAGAUCGAGCAACAUCACUCAUGUUGUUUCAAGGCUUUUCAAGCUCUAACCGCUCUCUCUUCUCUCUCCCUCUUCUCUCCGCUCUGCCUCUCUCGCUCCUCUCCCCCUCUUUUUUGCUGCUUUCUCUCUCUCUCCUCUCGCUCUCGUCCUCCGCUGCCCUGUUUCCUGCAUGCUCUCCUGGACCCUGCAGAAGAUCUUAGCGGGGAUGGUAAUGUUGAUGCUGUUGUUUAUAAAUCUCUCUGUUGUCUCGUCUCCGUAGCACUCAGUCCCCAACACACUGCAGCCUCAUGGGAAAGGGUUGCAUGUGUUGGUUUGUGGGUGGAUGUUUAUGCAUGACUUUUAAAAUGACGCUACGUGUGUGUACAUGUAUGUGUGUGAGAUGUAACGCAUAUAAAGAGAUUCUGACGCACUUGAAAAUGAAACUAGUCUCAGCUUUAUGUGUUUGCAAAGUUUCGGAGACUGGACAGAUACAUAAAUCAUGUAACUUUAAUGAGUUUGAUCUGUACAAAGCUGCAGUAGUUUACUGUUUUUGGUUUGAAGAUGUUUGUGUGUUUGUGUCUGUGAUUUUUUAAAGUGGAUUCACCACAACCUUUGAAAUGUGUCUUUUUAAAACCACAAGAACGACACAAAUAAGCACAGCUUGGAAAUUAAGUGGUAUUCCACUUUAAGGGAACUUCUCCAAACCCUUCUCUCUCUCUCUCUCUCUCUCUCUCUCUCUCUCUCUCUCUCUCUCUCUCUCUCUCUUUCUCUCUCUCUCUCUCUCUCUCUCUCUCUCUCUCUGUACUCACACUCACACACACAAACACACACACACAAAAUCAUGCAGACGUGUACUUAAACUCAUGCACACACUAAGUCGAGCAGGGAGAGGUUUGCUGGAUUCAAAGGCGAUGCAUUCCUUGCUAUAAUGGGCUAACUAGAUCUCUCUCUUUCUGACACACACACACACGCACACACACACACUAUCCCUGCAGAAGAAGCAGAAAGAGUCAGAAACAAUUAUUCUUCAAGUCCGGUGUAGUUAACAAAAACAGAAAGAAGAUCUCAAAAACAAAAAGUAAAUCAGGACACAAACAAAAUAAAUGAUAGACUUAAAGAUGUUUUGUUGCUAAAGUUAUAUUAAUGCAUUCACAACUGUCACUGUUUGCUUGCAUGUAGAGUAGUUAUGUUACAGCCAAUCUACUAAAACUUAGUUUAAUAGUUUUACAGUGGUAAACAGAGCUGCUGCUUUCAUUCCAGAUUAUAGGAUAUUUUUAAAGGCGCAUAAAAGUCCUUUCUUUCUUCUCAUGUAAGACACAUAUAUCAUGUUUGAUUAGAGAUGAAAGUGGAAUAACUCUUUAUGAUUACAUUUAGUUUUAUUUCUGAAAGUUUCGAAUAGAAGAUUGGUGCCAAUAAUACAUCUGUCAGCAGCUGCUUUGCUUAACUUGACAUAAAAAGUGGACACCAGUCUCUGAUUCAGCUGGGAUAAUAUGUCAGAUGUAACAUUUUGUUAAGCCUCAGUGGUGUUAAUGCAAGAUUAUUAAACCCCCACAACCAGUUUGAGCUGCUCAUGAAUAGAGACUUAGUUGAUUCUUUUAAAGGUGAUUUUCUGCAGCAGAAACUCAGGAGUUUUGAGGAACUGUGGGGGUUUCAGCAGGAACCAGGGUCUAAAGUUAGUUUUGAGGUAACUGCUCUUCUCCUUGAGAAGUCCCUGCACAGGGGUUUGUACUUUCCAAAAAUCCAGGAGUUUUGUGGGUGUGGUCAGAAGAUCUUGUUAAUAUGCAAAAAUUGUUCCUUGGUUUAUACAAAAUGGAGAUAGAAGGACGGAAAGCAGAUUAUACUGAAAAUAAUCUAAUGUGAAUACAUGACUUAUCUUAUGUACUUUUUCCACAUCAGGAGAUUUACUGUGUGUUAUAACAGUUUUAGGAUCUGGUCUAAUUAUGAAACAGGUUUUUUAACACUAUAAAAACAGGUGCUUGAGGUAGAGGCACCAAAGAGAGAUAGCUCAGGAGUGAAUUAUCCCAUAAACUGAUGUCAUUGAAUAAUUAACAUACAAAAUGAAGCAGAGAUGAAAACAAAAAUCUGUGCAGAGAAUUUCAUUUACUGAGUAACUAUCCUGGAUGUCGUUGGCCUGAUUGGCAUAAUUUACCCUGGACUUGAGGCAUUUAUUUCUGCAUCACUAUUUCCACUGACCCUUUCCUCCACUCCUGGUUUUAUUUAUCCUGCCUUAAAAAGUUAACCAGUUGUUUCUUGUCCAUCUUAUACUGACUUUCUUUAUGACUUAAACUCUCCUGAGAAAAAUCCGUCACAGGCUUCAGAAAAAAAAAAAAAACCUUUCAGAUAAAUUUAGUGCCAUGUUCCCACAGAGCUCAGUGAAUCAUCAGUGGAGUAGAGAGGGUAGAUUGCCGGACAGCAGAUGUUUGACUCGUGUUUCCAACAGCUGAGCCUGCACACUGAUUUUAUUUUAAACACCGCCAUCUGGUUAGGAAAGACUGUCCAUCUUUUCCCUUUUCUUUUUUUUCCUGCUGGCUCUUUCCUCUCCCCCCUUCAUCUCUCUAUCUGUCUGAUUCUGCACAGGUUUCAGCCUAAACACUGCCAUCUGCUUACAUUACAAUUACCUCCCUUCAUUUCUCCUUCACUCCCCCUCAUAGUGCAUCUUUUGUUGACUGGUUUCUCUCUCCUGCUCUGUUUUUUUUUCUUUUCCUUUUUUUUCUAAUUUCUCUCUCUCUCUCUCUCUCUCUCUCUCUCUCUCUCUCUCUUGUUUCUUUCUUUCUUUCUUUGUUGUCCUCUCAUUUUCUGUCCCUCCACUCCUCCACUGCCACAGUUACUCCCUGCCGCCAGCUGCUCUCACACACAGACAGAUAUGCACAACACAUGCUCAGCUGACACUCUCCAAGUGUGUGUUAGUGUGUGUUUGUGCGUGCAGAGAGAGACGGAGACAGAAUGAGAAGAGCUGCAUGGGUGUUGCUUCUCACAGGAAUCAGGACUUAGCUCCAUGCUUUAUUUUCUUCGUUUACUUUAGUCUGGUUUUAUUGUGCGGGUGUUUUGUUUGUAUCGCUGGGGCUGCAUACCAGAGUGAUCCAACGGUAAAACUCAAAUGUGCAUGAUCUUACUUCUAGACUUGUGUUGUUGUGGGCUGUUUUUACUCUUUUGUAUUUUGACACUUUUGCAUGUGUGUAAUGUUACAGAGACUGAUGACUAUGCAGAAAUAGUGGAUGAAGAGGACACAUACACCAUGCCCUCAAGUAAGUAACCUCUUGAAUCCUCUCUUUUGCGUAAAGUUAGUCACUAUACUACUGUUAUUCUUCAAAGAGCAAAGUGACGUGUGAAUCUCUUCCAAGAAACACACUCAGGCAGAGAAAACACUAAAGUCUAUUUUGUGAGGUAGUGGCCGUUCACUUCAGCCCAUCAUCCUCGUCUAAUGUAAACAGCUGGGGGUCAGAGAGGCUGUUACUCAUGCUGGAUAACUCCAGACUCACCUUACAUACGUCAGUUUAAAUCAUAUGUUAAACAAAAUCCCCAAAUAUAUGUGGGUAAGUUCAGCUCCGUAAGUAAGAAAACUUUGGCAUGUGGACUCGUGUUUGAUUGCGUGGUCAACUUAGAGAACAGACUCCUUCUUCCCGCAGUCUUUUUCUAUCUCUCUCUGUCUGGCUUCACUUCUUUGUCUCCUUCCCUUAACUUUUUUUGUUUUUUGUCUGUCCACAACUUCCUCUAAACAGACAUUUGACAUAUUUUCCUCCCGUGUCUGACUGUAUGUAGUCUGUGUUUAAAGUUAAGUUGUAAAACAAUAAUCAACCUGUAAAAACGUUCCUCUUUUGGGGGCUUUUUCAUUCAUUCACUUGGCUAAAAUGUGUCUGUAUACACGUUUGUGUUUAUUUCCUGAGCUUUUUCCAAUCUUAAAGCUCCUGUCUGGCUCUCUCCCUUCUUCAUCUUCUUCUUUCUUCCUCUUUCUCCCAUCGCCAACACAGUCUGCUAUGGAGUGGUUGAAGGUAAAACUCACUGUCUCUUUUCUAAGUCAACAAUGAGGUUUUACUAUUAUAAUAACAUCUUUCUCUGCCAGGAACAAACUGUCUUUGUAGAUUUCCCCCCAUCAAACUAAUCAGUGAAACUAACUGGGUCAUUCCACAACUUUCCUUAUUAUUCGAACACUAUAUUGGAUUUAAAACAGAGCAAAGACAACAUAUCAAAAGGUGAAACUCUAAAUUUGAUUGUAUUUUAAAAAAUCUUCUUUCAAAGUUGAUACCAGCAACAACAGCAGGGACAGAAACAUGCUUUCCUUUGUGUUGCAUCAUCUUUUCUUUCAAAGACACUCUGUUAACCUUAGUGAGCCCAGGAAACCAGGUUCUGGAGUCUGAAAGUGAAAUGUUUUCCCAUUCUUGUCUGAUAGAGGAUUUCAGCUGCUCAACAGUAAAGGGUCUCCUUUGUCAUAGUGUACCAUGAUGCUCCAAAUGUUUUCAACAAUUCAGGACUGCAGACAGACCAGUUUCUCAGCAGGACUCUUCUACUACAGAGCCAUGCUGUUGUAAUCCCUGUUGUCAGGAUGUGGUUUGUCAUUGUCUUACUGAAAUAUAAAGGUCUUCACUGAAAAAGUCUUUGUUUGGAUGGCAGCAGAUGUUGCUCAUAAACCUGGAGAUAUUGUUCAGAAUUAAUGGAGCCUUCACAGAUAUGUAAGAUACCCAUGACAUGGACUCUGAUGAUCCCCAUACCAUCAGGGAUGCUGGAUUUGGACCAGGACCUGAGAACAAGCCAGGUGGUCCCUUUCCUCUUGAAAGCAGAGGAUGCAUCCAUGAUUUCCAAAAAGAGAGCCAUACUUUGAUUUGUCUGUUUUCCAUGUGACUUCAGUCCAUCAUAGCCAGACUCAGGUCCAGAGAAGUUUUCAGUUGUCCUUUGCAUGGUUCAUUUCAAACCUGUAUUUAUGGAUACAGUGAUGAACUGUGUUCACAGAAAAUGGUUUUUGAAGUGAUUUAGAGUCCAUGCAGUGAUUUCCACUUCAGAUUCCUGUCUGUUUUUAAUGCAGUGCUGCCUGAGGGCCUGAAGAUCAGGACCAUCCAGUCUUGGUUUUGGUCCUUGUCCCUUUAGUUCAGAGAUUUCUCCAGGCUCUAUGAAUCUUUGAAUGAUAUGAUGUUCUGUAGAUGAUAAAAUCCACUCAUUCUUUCACAUUUGACACUAAGGAACAUUAUUCUGAAACUGUUGAACUAUUAACUGACAUAGUCUCUCACAGAGUGAUGAACCUCUUUCCAUCUUUCCUCCUGAGAGACUCAGCCUCUCUGAAUGUCUUUUUUUAUACCCAGUCAUGUCACUAACCUGUUGGAAAUAAAUGACAUCAGUUGGAGAUGUUCCCUCAGGAGUCCAUGUAGAUUCUCAAUCAUCCAGGUCAUGGUUAUCUCGAAGACUCCAAAAUCAGGCAACUGGACUGUGUAGAGUUGAGCGUUAGCAUAUUUGUCACAAUGAAGUCAAAUGUUUUGGUCUCAACAUUUAGCAUUUUGUCUUUGCAUCUGUUUCAGUUCAAUUUUGGCUUUUAAUGAUUUACUGUCACUUAAAGUUCCUGGCAAAGAAAACGUAAAGACCCGAAGUAUUGAACACCCUGAUAGACGUGGAUUUGUGGUCGUUGGUGUUCGAUAGUAUCCAGUUCUUGCGUUGGAAAUAAAAGGGAUGACCAAUCUAUAAACAAUGCAGGAUGUCACUUCAUAAGUCAAGAUUUGGCAACAUGGAGUCCAUCCAGACCCCCGGAUCUAAACAACCUCACAGUCAUCCCAUUGUUUAUGGGCUGGGCUCUCAUUUCACCAUCAUGUCGGUUUAGACAUCUCUGUUUCUUCAUCAUGAUUUAUGACAGUGGUUAGAUCUUUUCCACGGUCAUCAGUGGCUGCUUCUGUUUCUGACGCAGUUGUUACUUUCCUACAUGUAUAAAUUUAUUGCAGUUAAUUUUGUUAUAAUGGAGUUGGUUGUGGUAAUCAUCUUUGUGUUAUACAGUAUUUUACUGUUAUUAGAGCUUUGAUAAGUUGAUUUGUUCAGGAUGGUCAGUGUCCUGUAUAAACCUCUUACAGUCAGUAUUUAUCCCUCUUUCAUUUUUAAUCAUAUUUAUUCAGGUUCCUGGAGGUGUGUUCACUGACUUUCAGGAGGUCUCUGCUGCAGACACACACCAUAUUGAAUAUUUGAAUACUCAGUUAAAUCAAUUCAUUUAAAGGGAUAUUCCAGCGUAAAAUUAAGUUAGGGUCAGACACACCGUAACACCGAGCUAGACACCCCGAACUCUUGCUUCUCUAGUUAUACCAACUUAAGUAAUGACCGCACGAUAACAAUACACAGCAGUCUAUUGAUCCUCGCACAAACCUAAACCAAAAAGCCACUCUAUAGCCACAAAUAAUGCUCAGAACAGCACCUCACUUCAUCAACAGUACAUAUAGGAUCCUAGCCAUAGUACUGGUCAUCAAACAUCUUUUUUCUAUAGCAAAGAGACCAAACACAACUCACCCACUCUCCUCCAGCAACCACUUGUUUGUAGGAAGAGCUCAGAUGAGUUGAUCACCAAGUGCAGCGGAAGAAGAUUUACGAUCACUUCUUCAUGGAAAUGCAUGAUGAUUAUUACUUCAUGGAAAUAAUCCCCUCCACUCUGUGAUCGACUCGUCUGCUGUGUAUUUCUAUCCUACGGUCGUUGCUAAAGUUGGUAUAACCAGAGAAGCAAGCAGUCGGCAACAUUCAUGUCUCGAGGGGGUGUCUAACUAGGUGUUACGGUGUGUUUGACCCUAACUUAAUUUUACGCCGGAAUAUCCCUUUAUGGCUAUUCUUGCCUGUUAAAGGUUUCAGAAACCUGCUUUUGUUACCUCCGCCAAGGAGGUUGUGUUAUGUUUGAAAGCUUCAUGAUACGGCUCCUCAUAGACCCCACUUUUUACCGUCAGUUUCCACGAAUAUUUAGACUCUGGCCGGCAUUUAGUUUAUCAAUACUGUGAGAUUAGAGCUGUAGUUUAAAGCGAUGUGAUCAUUCUGGAUUCAGAAUUCUGGGAUUUCUGACCCCAAGAGGGAACCCUUGAACCAUACAUAACAGCAUAUGUGCAGGAAAGAAAGGAGAAUAUAAGGAGACUUACAGACAAAAUUAUGAACCUGUUUUUUUCAAAGUAAUAGAUUGACUUUAAUGUACCUGUAAAAUGGAUUUGCUGUAUUUUGGUUUGUUUUGUGUUUGAAGUGUGUCAGUGUGCAUGUAUACUUCAGGGUUGUCCAAUCAGAAGUGUCAGUGGGGAGGAAAAUGUUCUGAAUUUACAACAUUAUGGUCAAUUUUGCUCCAAUCUGAUUCUCAAAAGGCAGCGCUUACCAAACAGAAGAAUUACUUGAUUUAUAUAAAGUUAAAAAAAAAACACUUGAACUCAAUUUUCAUGACAACUUGAAACAGUUGUCUUGAUAACAUCCAGAUUGUUCUGUCCUGGUAAGCUCUGUCCAUAUGGUUUGAAAGAAGCAUGUCAAAUGGGAUAUGUCUUUUUAGUGUUUCCAGUGUACAAAAGAUGGAAAGUCAAUGGAUCCAUUCAGUUCUUACCCUUUUUUCUGUCUUUUCCCCUUUUCUAGCACGGGAUUAUGAGAUCCAGAGGGACAGGAUAGAGCUGGGCCGCUGCAUAGGAGAGGGUCAGUUUGGAGAUGUGCACCAAGGAGUGUAUAACAGUCCGGUAUGUAAAAAUACACAUACAUACAUACAGUCUAUCCACAGAGCAAGGACAUACAUGUAAGUCUUAAUAGUGAAACGUCCUUUUGAAACACUAACAGUGAAUGGUAGUGUUUAACAUCCUGCAACUGAAGGUGUUAAUAAGGAUCUUUAAGUGUAUUUUAAUGAAGAUCAUACUGCAUAAAAGCAUUAAAAGUGGAUUUUCAACUUAUACAGAUGAUUUAGGUGUUCAAGUGUAACUGUAGUCAGGCUUUUGUAUCUGCAUACGCUGUUAGUUUGUCCUCCCAUGGCGCCUGAAGUUUAUAUGUUUAAAUCUUUUUGCUGAAUGGAUGUUUCAAAAACCAAACUGUCUUUUCUUCAGUCUCAAACUCAUCAUGAUGUGUUUUUCUGCAGGACAAACCAUCUCUACCUGUCGCCAUUAAGACGUGUAAGAACUGCACGUCAGACAGCGUCAGAGAAAAGUUCCUGCAAGAAGCAUGUAUGUUUUUAAAAUCUUUAUCAUCUUUAAGGUGUGUCUCAUUUCACAUCCACUGGGUUUAUUCAUAAAUGUGUGUUUCGUUCCCCUGCAGUGACCAUGCGUCAGUUUGACCACCCUCACAUCGUGAAGCUGAUCGGAGUGAUCACUGAAAACCCUGUUUGGAUCAUCAUGGAGCUGUGCACUCUUGGAGAGGUAAGUCUCUGUGUAGAGUUAAGUCUUUAAACAAAGGGUAUAUUAUUAUGAUAAUAUACACAGCAUUAGAUCUACAAUGAAAACAGUCAAGUUGCCCAGAAAAUAUAAAACCCUUAUUUCUUCUUGACCGUUGUUGUUUUUUUUAAUCCAUCUUUGUUUCCGUCUGCAGCUGCGGUCCUUCCUCCAGGUCAGGAAGUAUAGUUUGGAUUUGGCCACUCUCAUCCUGUUUGCCUACCAGCUCAGCACAGCUCUGGCAUAUCUGGAGAGUAAACGCUUUGUGCACAGGUACACACACACACACACACAGACACACACACACACUCAUACACACAGAGGCUUAGAGGAUGAAGGAUUAACGGGGCACCUAGAUUCAUGAAGAAAACAAUAUUUGUAACAUUUCUGUGAUGGGUUAAUCUAAUUUUUGAAGUUUAAAGUGACUGUUUAUCAAGGAUCUGUAGUUCUUAGUGUUAUAAAAACUUCAAAUGGAUCUGAUUUGUUGACUCACAGGGACAUAGCAGCUCGAAACGUUUUGGUCUCAUCAGUGGACUGUGUGAUGCUGGGAGACUUUGGUCUAUCCCGAUACAUGGAGGACAGCUCAUACUACAAAGGUAAGAACGGUCCAGUUUCACACUCUUAGCGACACAUCAUGCAAUAUGUACGGUUCUCUUUAAAAUGCGCUCCAGAGACUGGUGUCACUGUCCUGGUUUGUCUGUUCUUGUUUGGUGUGUGUGUGAGUGACUCGUCUUGUUACUAGUGCUUUACCACCAUCAAAAGGUUACUUCAGGGUACUGCAGUUGGCUUAAACUACCUGAUACACAUGCAGACAUUCUGAUUUAACACUGUUUUCUUCUAGUCGCCAUCUCUUUGCAAUGCAAAAUUAAAAUAGCAGAAUUACAGAUUUAUUCUUUGUGUCCUUGUUUCAGCUUCUAAAGGAAAACUUCCCAUCAAGUGGAUGGCUCCAGAGUCCAUCAACUUCCGGAGAUUCACAUCUGCCAGUGAUGUGUGGAUGUUUGGUGAGUUCAAAGAGUGUUGAACAUCAUUUCCUGCCACCCGCUAUCGACUCUUUGAGGAUUUUCUUCCAUUUGUUUAUGUGUCUAUGUGUCAACUUCUCUGUAUUCCUCUCAGGUGUGUGUAUGUGGGAGAUUUUGAUGUACGGCAUUAAGCCUUUCCAGGGGGUGAAGAACAAUGACGUGAUUGGCAGGAUAGAGAACGGCGAGCGGUUGGCCAUGCCCCCUCAGUGCCCUCCCACGCUCUACAGUUUGAUGACCAAAUGUUGGUCGUAUGACCCCAGCAAGAGGCCGAGAUUCACAGAGCUCAAAACUCAGCUCAGGUACUGUCAGUGUUUCCGUGGAGUCUGGUUCAAGGGCUUGAGUGCGUUUCUUGGUUUUGUUAGAGGUAAUUUUCUUUGCUCAUGAAGAUGAUGAGUUUCUUCUGUCGAUUUGAUUGUGAUGAAUUCCUCCAUCUCUACUGUGCACCUACUAUGAUAAAGGAGUUGAGCUCUUAUUAAGAUGAGCUGUUUACCUCUCACUUUUAUAGCACCAUCCUGGAAGAGGAGAAGCUUCAGCAGGAAGAGAGACUUCGGAUGGAGAUGAGGAGACAAGUCACGGUGUCCUGGGACUCUGGAGGGUCUGACGAAGCUCCACCCAAAGUAAGAUGAAAUAUUCUCUUGAUGACUCUGUGCACUGGUUAUUAUUUUAUAGUGGAGUUCCCAUUAUUUUGUUCUUCGUUUGACAAAAUGUUUCUUCAUCUUCUGUCUGCAGCCCAGCAGACCAGGUUACCCCAGUCCCCGGUCCAGUGAAGGCUUUUUCCCCAGCCCCCAACUCAACCAUUUCCCGGUACUGCAAACACACACAUACACAUAUAAACUACACACACUUGAACACAAAGGCUGUCAAAGUUCUGCUCUCGGCUUGGAUGCAUCAUUUUGAGAGGGACAGUCUUCUCCUACAGUGUUUUUCUGAACUGCUUUUUCUGUCUUUGUAAUCUAAAAGACUAACAAGAGCUUCAUUUUGUCAAAGGCUUCAUCUUUUUUUCAUCUUUUUCUACGUAGUUUUGUUGCUGAAGGACUGCAAACAUUUUUAUGUUAUGUUAGGAAUUCACUAAAGUCUGGAAAAGUGAGAUUAUUUUUGACUCAUUUGCAGAGGCUUACUAAGAGUGGACUCAGUUAAAGUCCGAAAAUGUGAAAAAGUUUUGACUUAAAACUUGAUACUGAUAUGGUUUUUAAGAGAUUACAAAUCUUAAAGAGUAUGUUUUUAUAUUUUUGUCUGAGAUUACUGGAAGUAGUUUUUGUCUGGUCGUAAAAACAACAAUCCCAGCGGCUGAGCUGAUCUAAAUGUUGAACAAAGAGGACAGACUGUGUUGGAGGACAGCAGGCGCGUGCAGCUCGUGUCAGAGUCAGAGGGAGAAAUGGGAAAGAAAAGAACAUGAGGGAGACUCUGAGCGCUCUUAGUCCUCUCCUCAUAAACCGAGCAGACAGCAGGCAUUUCCUGUAGUGCUGAAAGCCACACACACACACACACACACACACACACACACACACACACACACACACACACACACACACACAGCCACACUGCAGAUCUCUCUCUCAGCUCUCUCUCUCUCCCUCUCUUUUUCAUCCUUAUAAGGAGCAUAUAAUAUAAACUUCUAUUUAAGUCAAUCUUGAUCAUAUCACAAAGAAUAAUAACGUCCAUGUAUUUUAGUAACAUGUAUUACUGCAGAGCUGUGCGAGAACUCCCAUGAUUCUUUGGGGCAUUGGGACAAAUCAGGACUGUUUGGAGGAGUGUUUUUGAAAGUCUUUGACAGGCCUGCAGCUUCAUCUGUGGAGCCUAACUGGCCUGUGACAUUUGCAAAUUUAAAGGAGGUUUUGGAACCAUAUUUUAUUCUAUUUUAUUAUUAUUGUUAUUGUUGUUAUUUUUGUCUCUUUUUAUUUUGCACUGAAGAAAAAUCAGAUAUCAUUGAAUCUUCUCACACAAAGAUGCUCAUCAGAAGCUGGAAAUGUCUCGGUAACCGGAUGAUUGAAACUUGACUGCCUUCUUCAGUUUGGUCAUUUUGUCAGAAGCCUGAAAAGAAGACAUGAUAGUCUCUUUAGUUGGAUGGAUUUUCAUACUGCCCUGUUGUGUGCUCUGGCUGUGGACUUUAGGAACUCCAAAUUCCAGAUAUUUUCUGUCACUCUGGUCAUACAAGAACAUUGUUGUGAUUUUCUUUUGCUGGACGACUUCAUAAAAUAUUGCAACAGAAAUAAUUUAGCCAAAGAUGCAGUAAGCAAGCUUUGACUGACUUUUUUUAAGGGUUAUAAAUUGAACUUUUGACGCCACUGAAUUUAGGGAACAUCAUCAUUUUCUGUUAAAGUGAGCUCCAGUUUAAUCAGCUCCAAUGCAGAAGUGACUGACAACGAUGGAUCAAAAAUACAAUUAAUUGGUUGUUUAUGUGUAACAGAGUUCUGUCUCGAUGAUGUUUUUAUCCGACAUCAGUCGCAGUUAUUUUCCUGAUACUCGACCCUUUGUUUUUCGUGUCUCAACAACAUUCCUGGAUCUGAUAAAUGACAACAUGAAACAAGAUACUACAAAGAAGUCAAAGUGUUCAAAGUUGACUCCAUAUAAGGGUAAAAAGUUGGAGCCAGGGUUUGAAUGAUUCUGAUUUUAUGAACUUUAAAGACUUCUCCAGAAUUUGAUCUUGAGUGGUGUUGUUUGAAGAGACUUUUUUCAGUGUCGAUAACAUCUUUAAACUUCUGUGUUAAUCUGCCUGUCUCCAUGUUUUCCUCUUUUUGUCCUCCUCCAGCCGUCAGCACAUGGUGGUGUUGGUGGAGUGGGAAGCAGCUAUCCUUCUGAUUCCUGGAACCAACACAGACCUGAACACACUGCACUGUGGAGCCCUAACAUGGAGGUAAACAUAUACACACAUGCACACACACAUGCACGCACAGCUAGGGUUGGGCAGUAAUAAUGGAAUAAGGUAUACCGGCGGUGUCUUUCAAAAGCAACGGCAUGAGUUAAAGUUUGUCCGAUCAGAAAAAUUUCAACGGUGUUGGAAAGCUGAGAGUUGUGGGCAUGCGCACAUAUAUGAUUUACUACAGUAGUCCUAACCAUAUGAGGGAGGCCGUCAUUGCAAUACAUAGGAAGUAUCGGCAGUGUGCUACACAGCUUCUCAAUACCGUAACUCCUUGAAAAUUUGCUCCAUCUGAAAAAUGUCAACGCUGACAGACAGCUGAGUAUCUGUGCUUUCUGUCAAUAAAUGAUGUAUGGUAUAUUACGGUAAUCUUGAACGGUACCACCAACACCACAACUUUGACAGGGUCAAGGGAGAAAAGGAGAGUGGAGGAAGAGAGUGAAGCACGACAGAACAAGCAAAAGAGUUUUUAGUUUUGUUUUUCUAGAAAUAUAGUAAUAAAUAGAAGUAAAUAGUCGUAAUAAAAAGGUGACCGUGAGAGAUGGAAACACUUCUAACCUAAGGACAAAUCUCUGAAUCAACCACCCACUCACUCCUGCGAUGAUGCAUUUGUCCCCGAGUUCACUCAGUGCAGCAGUUUCAGCGCCUCCCGCUGAUCCCGAUGCAGAACCAACAACAACCAAGUCCACCGCCACUUAUACACAGUCCACAAUAAUGGGGACCUUUGGGAAAACAACUAAGUACAAAAGGGACCGUGUCCAUUGAAAAACCUGCAUUGAUGCAGUGACAAAAUACUCAGCAAAGGAAAUGGUCUCUGUCCAUACGUCAUUCUGCUCAAAAACUGUUCUGGAUGGUCAGGUUAAGUUAAUUAUUUCACUGUUGUAUUUGCACUUUUUUAUAAGCUCCUCUUUUUUGUAAUUCAAAGUUGCUCAGGCUGUGAUUUAAUUCAAUGAAUGUGUGUGUGGCACAUUCUGCACGAAAACUGCUCUGGAUGGUCAGGUUAAUUUAAUGGUUUGACUGUUGUUCACUUUUUAAGCUGUUUCUAAUGAAAGCUGUUCAUAUUGUGCAGAUUAUGUCGUUAUUGUUUCAUUAUUAGUGUUUGGUAUUCAGUUUCUGAAUGAUGUCGGCACAAGCCAACAGUUUGGUGACGCUGUCUCAGCCUUGAGUCAUAAUCUUUAAUUAGUCACAGUAAUACCGUAUACCGUGGUUAAAUGUGGAGAUGGUGUGACGGUAUCAAAAUUUGGAUACCGCCCAACCCUAAACACAGCUCUACAUUGACACUAUGUGCACUGACAGGUUCAUAAGGUUUAGAUCUAAAACCAGGCGUAUGUGCCAGAAUGUGCUGACAUUUUCUGUUAAUUCAUCAUGAUACUGAAGCCAACUCCCCAAACUGACAGAAAGUACAUCAAUGAAGUCUCAUGUGGAUAUGGAAGUUAAUAUAGCAGAAAAUGGUGAUCCGGCUUUGAAAGAUAACAUACAGAAGGUUUUAUUUUCCAUACAAGCUUUUCAUUUCAAAUGAGCAUACAGGAACAGGAUACUGGCUCUUAAACCAGAUGGUGAAGAUGUUUCUUCAGGCAGAGGAUCAAAGUCAGGAAAUGUUUAAAAUGGCAACUUUAUCCUGGCAAUCGUUUUUAUUAUGUAUGUCAGAUCAGUUCUAUAAAUCACCGCUCAGCAUAUGGAGAUCAUGUUGCUGUCUUGAACCUGUUUUUCGAAUCUCUACCCUUCAAAAAAAAAGCCCUGAGUUUGACUGCUGGUGUGAUUAAAGAAAACACAAUAAUAAAAGAAAAACAAGAAUAAAAGUUGAUCUUUGUUUCCUUGCAGGACGGCGGGUGUGUCGGCCAGGCUCUGAUGGAGGAGAGGCUGAUGAUGCAGCAGCAGCAGAUGGAGGACGACCAGCGGUGGUUGGAGCAGGAGGAGAGCUUCAUGGUAAUAAAAUACAGAAACAUCCGUCUGUUUUUAUCAUCCGUCCUUUGCCACAUUAUUUGCCUCUUUAAAGGGAAAUUCCAGGAAUUUUUUUAAACCACAUCUUUCUAUCAUUUGUGUCAAAACAACAUGACACUGCAGAGAACACUGACCAGAGUAACUGAGGACAAGAGCUCCCAGCAAAUAUAGAUUUGACUGUUUCCGACUUUAAGUAAACUGUUGUCAAAAGAGAUCUUCUCUCAAGGCAACCUGACAUCUAAUCGGUCUUCUUGCUUUAGCAUCAGCAUUAGCUGCCUGGAAACCUGCUCAUGUUGAGUUUUCCAUGUAAUUCAGUCUGAGAUUAGUGGUGCAUGUUGGAAAUAGUUACACAUGUACAAAGAAAUGGUUUAUUUUAUUGCAGGUAUUUAGAUGACAGAGAAUGAAGACUGUUUUUGUAAUCUAUUCUUCAUUAAAUCAUGGUGGUGUUCCCAAUCUGUGCUGAAAUAUGAACACAAAAAUAGACCUGAGAUGGAAAAACAUCUUAAAGUUAUAAAGGCAAUCUUGGUUGGAUUAACAAGCUACAAAAGUGUGCAGAUUAAAGUAAAUAACACAUUUUUAACACCCUGUCUGACUUCGUCUAACAUCUUUGCAUGUGUUGUUUUUGCCAGAUUAGUAGAACCUCUUUAAACCUGGUCUGUGUUGCUUAAUUUCUUUCAUCAGUCACUUAAACUUUCCCCAAAAGAAGCCAAAUCCAAAACUUGAGCAAAACAAGUCUGUUUUUCUUCUCUCUCCGGGUCAGAUGAUCCCUCCUCUCUGUUUGAAGGUUUUUAAUUUAUGAGUCAGGUGUUGGAGUGCUGAAAGACUAAGGAGAGAAAAGUGGAGUGAUAAGGAGUCAUUUUCAUACUUUUGAUCCCUUAGAGCUUCUAGUUAUUAAUCUGGUCAAAUCACCGUAACUGAAACAUCUUAACUGUUGUAUGGGACAGGAAAUCUUUCUGGUCGGACCUGCCUGAUUGAAACCCUGAUAUCUUGGUUUUUUGGUCACCACCAGAUGAAGUUACCAAUGAUAACUUUUCUCCCUACCUAAUACCUAUUUUCCUCUGCUGCUAUAUCUUUGCUGCACUGCUAUCAAGAGAUUUACGGUUCUUUCAAACAAGAAAGCCCAUGUGGAGAAAAUCGGGUUUUUGUCACAGUUCUGGUGACUGAAAAUAGAGCAAACUGUGAGCAGUGCCACUGAUUUCACCACACAUCAAACAGUGAGAGGAUUUUGGCUGUUUGGUUUAUGAAAUCUGCAACUUGAUCCAGACCGUGUCGUAUGUUGUGGUGUCACUAUAAACACUACAAAUACUUUAAAUACUCAAUAACAUUGCAAGAACUUUGAGGCUAUUUAAUUACCAUUUAUUUCUCUAAUUUGGCAUUUAAUGCCUCCCAAAUAUGAGAGAGUAACGGUCUUAACAGAAUUUAUCAUGUAUUUGAUAUUAAAUCUUGCAAUAGAAAAAGGCCAUUUAUGAACAUUGUGUGCUGUAAAUAAUUUUUGAAUUCUACACAAACACAAAUAAAUCAGGAGAAUUCAGUUUGUUGCAUCUUCACUUUUCCCGUUUUGUAAUUCUUCCAGAAAAGACAGAAAUAAAGCUUCAAGCCUGCAGACUGGUUUGAUUAAUGCAGUGUAACAGACAGUCAGAUUUGCAUGUUACAGUUGUGAGUGGGAGUCUAACUGACACUGAUCCCUCUUCAUGACUUUCAAAACUGCGUGAGACCAUCAGAAACAAGGCGGAAAGUUUCUCAGUUGUGGUUUUUUAAGGCUUGAAAACCACUAUGAGGGGGCAGGUGUCAGACUAAAUAUUUGACAGCAAGCUCAAGAGACAGACUUCUUAACUUUUUCUUUGGCAAAUAUUCCCUGUAUAAUUAUGUAUAUAUAAAAUUAAUUACAUGAUAGACUUCUUGAAAGACAACAGGAUGAAGUUUUGUCGGAAGAACUACUUUGAAGUGAACAAGAAAGGGCAUCAGAACCGACUCAAACCGAAAGUUCCUCAUGGUGACUUUAAGUACUGUUACACAGAGUUCAUAAAUGUUAUGAAGGGAGUUGUUAGGAGGGUUUUUGACCAAUCAGAAUCAAGUAUUUAACACAGACAGGUGAUGAUCAAGAAGUAUAAACCUGGAUCAUUUCAGACGCAUUACUUGUAACUAACUACCCAAAAGUAGUUUAAGCUGGUGUCAAAACAGCACGUGCACGUUGUGAUGCACCAGUGUAUGUAACAAUCCAUGCAGUCAGCAUAAAAGACCAAACUGCAAAUAAGACCAGAUCCAGAGUUAAGCGGGGAUUUUUAUUUUUUUUUAAAUUGUAUUUUAAUGAUCUUAUAAUUAAAAUGCAUGCACUAUAAUUAAGCUGCUGUGGCGUCUUCUUGCUGCUGCUAUGAUGGAAAUAACCACAGAGUCAUUUCACAUCCCUACUUGUGAUAUCAUGAACUUCUAGUGCAGCAUGUUCACUGUGGUUCUGAUGUCUUCACCUUCGUAGUCGAUCUGUUCGUAUUGAAGACAAAAUGAAGGCAAACGAACCUUUUAAUAACUCCGAGAUUAUAGAUCUUAAAACUGAGAGCGUGAGAGGAAAUGAAAAGAGAGGGGUGGAGGUUGGUGAUGAGGAUUAAGAGAGGAGUUGGGGACAGAAGGAGGGAGAAAGGAAGUGGGAUUGGCAAAAGCCGAGGAGAGGGUGGAUCGAACAAGGAGUCACCCAUCUGAGGGAGAGAGAAGAGAAGGAGGGAAACAGAGGGAGAUGCAGAGAGAUGGAAAAAGUGGGAGGGAGAAGCAGACUGGGGGUGAACGGAGAGGCAGUUGGAUCUUUUUCACUCCAGGAUUUUGUCUCUGUGGCUGAGUGGAGCUUUUCCUCCUCUGGAAAAACUUUCUCUCUUUCUCUGUCUGUCCUUCCCUCCCCCUUCAUUCUUCUCUGACUCAGUUUUUCUGCCUUUCUCAGUUCUUUUCUUUUGACGGCUGCACCAUCUUCUACAUUCGCAGUCAGUCCUCUCUCUCUCUCUGAUGUCUUGAGUUUUUCUUCACCUUCAUCUCUGCCUUUCAUACUUUCUGUCCAUAUUUGCCCCUCCUUCGAUGGCCUCUACUCUCUGCUCUCCUCCUCCUGUCUUCUUGAGCCUCUCUUCUCCCAGGAUGCAUCUCUUCAAGGCGUGCUUCACCAAUACGGUACUGCUCAGGGAAAGAGAGAGGAAGUUUGCUUUUGGCUGUGCAUGUGGACCAAUUUCUGUAACUUUGCUGUUUACUAAUGAUUUCUGAGGCAGUGUAGAUGAAACCUCAACUGCUGCGGGUCUGAGCUGUUGGUUAAAUGUUGAGUUUGCAUUUUCUGUGUCUGCAGGAGCUGCUUUUUAGACAGAUUUGUGUCUCUUUUCGAUGUCAAGCUAUCAGCUGUGAAUGUCUCAUGCUUGCUGCAGUCAGAUCUGGAUAAAACUUUCAGGUUUUGAAUCAGAGCUGCCAUCACAAAGUGUUUUCUAAAGAAUGUGUCUUACUGUCUCGUCCCUGCAGAAGACAGAGUCCAGGAACAGCAGAGGGAGCAUCGACCGAGAGGACGGCACAGUGCAAGCACCGGUCAGUCACUUUGUGUGUUGGUGUUUGUUAAUGUGUCAGUGAAAUGCUGUUUUUUUUAGGUUGGUCUUUUUGGUUUUGUUGGGCUCCACACACUGAUGAAAGAAGCAGAAAAAGAUAACAGAUUCAAAAGAGGGAAAAGAGCAGCUUUGAAAACCGAUUUUUAUGAGCAGCAAAUGAAAUUGUUAAGUGAGAGAGGCAGAGGGAAAGUAUUCAGUCCACUGACGGAGAAAGAGAGAGAGAGAGAGACAGAGAGAGGAAACACAGCGGCUGGGAGAAAGAGAGAAAGUAUUUCUAUCCGAGUGCCAGAGAGGGUACUGCCUACACAGAGACCACAUGACCACAGAGGACUCAUGGGAACUUUAAAACCAGAAGUAAAGACUGCAAAGCCUCAUUUUACUGUAAAUGUGGAUUAUAUGACCUGAAAAAAAAUGCAAAAAGCUUUUUUCACAUCCAAACAUUCUAUCAGUUACAGAUGAAUUCACACUUUGAAACAAUGAUCAUGUGUUUGUAGAACUUCCUGCCAAAUUUCCCCUUGAAAAGGUUUUGCCGGUUAUUGAAAUUCUUCAAUGAUUUUGGACGCCUGAGUGUUCGACCAAGCUGAUCUAGGAAUGGGCACAAUUAAUCAAUGAUUGAUCUUUAAUUUAUGUGAUGAAUCGAUCAAAGGACUUUCUUCAAAUGCUCAUUCUGUGUGUUUGUGUUUGAACAGGGAGGAAGCCAACAUAUCUACCAGCCUGUGGGGAAACCAGGUGAGAGGACUUUCAUACAUGAGAUCAAAAUCAGUAGAUAUUCAUUUUAAAAACACACUGUGGAAGUCAAGGCAGAUAGCAGCAGGAAAUGGAAAUGACUCCCACCGGUGGAGUUAAGUUUUGGGGCAUGUGUCCUCGUCUUUAGGCCUCUUUCUGCUGGUUUAGACCUAGAGCGAAGCAGAGUGAGCUGUUCCAACAAGGAGUGACGCAGGUGUACGACAGGUAGAGGGGCUUGAACAUGGCUGUCUCUGCAUGGUUGGUUGCUGGGUCUUUGAACAUAUUCCACAUUGAGGUAGAGGAACACCCAGAAGAAAAAAGGAGAUAAUCUAGAGGAGUUAGAAAAAUGUUCAAAUGUAGGAGACUCCCACCCAAACCAGGAGCAUCAACAGGUCUGUGAAUACUUACUGUAUCCUUACCCUUUUGGUGUUUCAUCAGAGCACGUGGCGCCUCCCAAAAAACCACCCCGCCCUGGAGCACCUGGUCACCUAGGCAACGUGGCCAGCCUCGGUCCUAUUGACAGCUAUAACGAGGGAGUGAAGGUAAAUAUGUGCACACACGUCAGCUUCCUUACCUGUGAGGUCUGUCAGCUCCGUGUUAAUCCUCCACGCCUGGUUUGGAUGUUUCCGUCUCUGCAUUUCUGUUUUGGGUUCACUUUGACUCUUAUGAUUUUGCUGAUGGGUUGCAUGUUGUGUCACCUUAUGUUUGGCUUUGGCCUAAUGUGCUGUCCCUCUUCUCUCACCCUCCUCCCCCUUCACUCCCUCCUACACCCACAUUAACCCUUUUAUUCCUGCUUUAUUCUCUUUAACAUCCUGCUGUCUUCAUGAUCUUUUCUGACCUGUCUCUGCACACCCUGAUCCCUUUCACCCUCAUCCUGUUAAACCCCCAUCCACCCAAUCUCACCUCCCCAUAGCCGUGGAGGGUAAGACGAUCUUUGUGUCUGUUUUCGUAGUAGAGUUAGGUAGCUGAUAGUACAGAUGCUUUCUCUAGCUGUCGGAUUAAACUUGUUCUCUUUCUUUACCAGAGAUCCAACAAAGCACCAACAUUUGUGCAGAAAAGCUAAUACCUGACAAAACAGAUCUUAACUUGACUUGAAUUUUAUUUCAUGGGCCAAAGCUAAAGGCUAAUGAGAUGUUUCUGAAAACUCAAAAUGCAGGAGUGCUUUAAAAAAUAAAUCUCUGGUAAAGAAGAAUAAAACAAAUUUUUGACGAAAAUCUGAUGCAGUGAAAACUCAUCACCAUACAGUAUGUCUUCCACACAUCUGUAGACUAAUGUAGUUGUUUAGUUGUACUUACUUCGCCACAUGCUAUCAAAUCAUUCUUAGAGCCAGCUCACGAAUCAGCUCAGAAACAGCAGCAUUACACCAGAAGAAAACAAUUUGUAAACAUAACUUAGAGAUUUUUGUCCACUGUGAGGCAGACUUCUUAAACUGUUGAGCUUGCAGAUUACUUAUCGCGCAUACAGACAUGCAUACAUACAGAUGAUGUAACCUUUCAGCAGGCUGCAGGUGAUUAGUUUGGCAUUAGUUCAGUUUCGAACCAAAUCAUGUGGUUAAAGUCAGCCUGAAAUCUGCAGCUCCAUACAGGCUGAGUCUGUCGUCAGAGAGCUGACCCUGUCUGUCUCUUAAAGCUCCUGUGAAGAACUUUGAGUCAGUCUAUGAUCAAAGUGAGACUGUGUUAGUGUAGUUUCAAUGAAAAAACUAUAUACAUAUAUAUAUAUAUACAGUACAGGCCAAAAGUUUGGACACACCUUCUCAUUCAAUGUCUUUUCUUUAUAUUUUUUAUAUGACUAUUUACAUUGUAGAUUAUCACUGAAGGCAUCAAAACUAUGAAUGAACACACAUGGAAUUUUGUACUUAAAAAAAUAACUGAAAACAUGUUUUAUAUUCUAGUAUCUUUAAAAUAGCCACCCUUUGCUCUUGAUGACAGAAGAACUUGGUGACUGACUCGAUCAGUCACGAAGUAACCCUGACGAGGCACACCUGUGAAGUAAAAACCCUUUCAGGUGACUACCUCAUGAAGCUCAUUGAGAGAACAGCAAAAGUUUGCCACGCUAUCAAAAAAGCAAAGGGUGGCUACUUUGAGGAAUCUAAAAUAUAAAACAUGUUUUCAGUUAUUUCACACUUUUUUCUUAAGCACAUGACUCCACAUGAGUUCAUUCAUAGUUUUAAAGCCUUCAAUGUGAAUCUAUAAUUUAAAUAGUAAUGAGAAUAAAGAAAAAGCAUUGAAUGAGAAGGUGUGUCCAAACUUUUGACCUGUACUGUGUGUGUAUACAUAUAUAUACAUAUAUAUAUAUAUAUAUAUUUUUCUUCUGUGUGUGUGUGUGUGUGUGUGUGUGUGUGUGUGUGUGUGUGUGUGUGUGUGUGUGUGUGUGUGUGUGUGUGUGUGUGUGCGUGUGUGCGUGCGUGUGCGUGUGUGUGUGUGCGUCCUUUAACAGUCAUACUUAAUAUUCAGACUCUAAGCGGAGGAAAAGGUCGUUUUAUCCGAUCUUCUGACACCCUCCUCCUACACAGGGUACAAAUAACAACAUAAUUAUGGGAAUCAGCUAACAUUGAACUAAUGGUGUAGUUUGCUCUGUUUUAUAACCAGAUGAAAACUCCUCACAGGAGCUUUAAUCACACUGUACUAACUCUGAACAUCAUCCUGCCAUUGUAGAAAAGUAAAUGUAUUAAUGAAUUGGAGGGUAGAUGUGCAUGUAAACAGAAAUAACUUGGUAAACUUGGUGCAACGCUGCCUCCCAGUGUUGAGUCACUCCAACUACAGUCCCUGUUUUUAAGCCAGGAGCAUUUUUGAGAGCAUUUAACUUUUCAUAGACUUUUUUAGUCUUUUAUUUUCUCCUCUUUUAGAGCAAAGAACUAAAAAGACCAUGUUCAACAUUUUUAGUCAUUUAUAACUCUUUGCUCAUUGGUCCAGUUGCAGCCUCAGGAGAUCAGCCCACCUCCCACCGCCAACUUGGAUCGCUCUAACGACAAAGUUUAUGAGAAUGUGACAGGAUUGGUUAAAGCUGUAAUUGAGAUGUCCAAUAGGAUUCAGCCAGCAGCCCCAGAGGAGUACGUCCCGAUGGUGAAGGUGGGUUUAAUACCUGUUCCUUUAAUGAGGGGAUUUUGAUGUGUUCAAGUGGUCUGAUUCAGUGAGAAAUACCUGAAUGCUGCAGUUUUCUCUCUUGUUUUGAACAUUUUUAAACUUGGAUAGAGCUGCAGAAAAAAAAAACUGAUGUAAAAAUAUGCAUAUAUCCGUGUUUAUUUUAGGAGGUGGGUCUGGCGCUAAGGACUCUGCUUGCAACAGUGGAUGAGACACUUCCUGUGCUGCCAGCCAGCACACACAGAGAGGUAAACACACACAAAGAGGGAGUAAACUCCUGAACUAGCCAACUAACUGGACAGAAAACCACCAUAAUACUGGUGCUGAAGCUCAAGGAGGAAGGGAGACUUAGAGAACAUUGUCAAAGGUCUGGUUACCCAGGUAACCAGGAUGACCAACAGAGAGCAGAUGAAGCCUGUUUAUUGAACCCUUCGCCUGUUUGUUUUGGCUAACAGGACAGAAAGAAACAAAAAUAGAUUAUAAUGGGGAAAAAAACAGAAUCCUGCUGGUUUGAAAAACAAAAAUUUCAUUUUUGGAUCCCAACAAACAAAAAUCAAUCAUAAUUUUUACUUUUGCUGCAUGUCAAAAAAAAAUCACAACUCAAGUCAUCAAAACUCUUUGUCUGCUCAAACAGAAAAAAACCUCAGCUCAUCGGGUUUUCAUUUUGAAAUGUGUAAUUAGAAAUUCUUCCACAGUGUUUCUGCCCUGUCUAAGUGCUGUAACCUUCAAAGAGAGACAGUUCAUUUGUCUCUGUUAUUAAACCAGCUCAGAUGGAAAGGCUUUAGCGUUCCAAAUUUGACUAACUGACUCCUUUUUUGUGGUUUUACAGAUUGAGAUGGCUCAGAAGUUGCUGAAUUCAGAUCUGGCUGAGCUAAUAUCAAAGAUGAAACUGGCCCAGCAAUACGUCAUGACGAGGUGGAUACAGACGCAGAUGUGAUUGGCCUGUUCUCCUCUUAGUCUGUAUUUCACCUCACUGAUGACGUUUGCUUCUCUGUGUUACAGUUUACAAAAGGACUACAAGAAACAGAUGCUCAUGGCAGCUCACGCUCUUGCAGUCGACGCCAAGAACCUGCUGGAUGUCAUUGACCAAUCGCGGCUCAAGAUGAUCACUCAGCCCCGCCCACAUUAGUUUGAAUGCAGUAGGUGAAAUGAGGGGACGUCUAGAUGGAUUAUCAGAGAUGGACGGAUGAAAAAAAUGACUGAUGGACAGCAAACUGAACAGACUGCAACAAUCAGCUCCCACUCCUCUUCCCUGAAACACUCAUUGUUGAUGUUCUCUCUGGUGACGCUCAUGUUUCAGUGUUUUUUUUUUGUAAUUUUGUCACAUUAUUUGCUUUUGUAUCCAGAGAAAACUCUCCUCUCCAUGAUCAUGUAUUCCCCAGAGAUGAGAAUUGUAAAGAAGCAUCCAUUACCGUGUUUCAGUUUUUAUACGACUCAAAGAAAAGUUUCUGGGGCCACAUGAAGGACUGCAGAGACGUUUCGCAGACGGAUAUUCGCCACAUAAACAGAACUAACACUACAUGUUUGCAGGAUGCAACAACUGGAACUGAAGAGCCAGGACAAAGAGGAAAAUGAAGACAAAAAGGAUUAAAAACGCUUUUACAUUAUUAUAAUUAUUUCAUUUUCAGCCUUGACUCUUACCGUUUAUCUGCCAUGUUUCUAAUCCUUUUCUUUAUAGAGGCAAAGGUCUCUGAUUUUAAAAUCAUUAAUGUCAUAUUUCACAUUUUUUCUUCAUCUUCUCUAUCUCAGGCUACAAGAAAUUGCAAAAACUUAAGUGUAAACGUCGACUUUUGAAGAACAAACUUAAUGACACAGGCCACUUUUUUAAGUUAACAUGCAUAGUACAUAUAAAAAGAAGCUCUAUUUUUAACAUGUUUCUGAGUUUGUGAGUAAGGGGGGAGGGAUGAAGAGGGAGGGGGUCAGAGAUGGAGGGAGGAGGUGCUGGUUUUACUCCAGGUUAGGACAUCCUGUGCGCAUCCUGUGUGCACUUUUCAUUUUGGUGUUAAUAAUUACAAAAAUGAAAUCCAGCUGAAUUAAUUUGCUUGUUUUUAUUUUAGAUCCAUAUUUAGUCUUUGCAUCUGUCAUGUUUGCUUGCCUCUAAUUUAUUCCUCAUUUGAAGAAUAUGUCCUGCGAGUUUUCAGUAGCACCAGAGUCUGUAAAAGUAAAAUAAACAAAACUGAAGGUGAAUAAAAGCUGCAGGGUAAUAAAGAGCAAGGACAGACACUCCUAAAAACCUCUGCCCUCCUUUUCCCAUCCCUCCCUCCAGCAGCCUCUUCCUCUCCUCCCUUUGUUGGUUUUCUCAGGAAGGAGACACAUGUACAGUUGCUAAACCAAGCAAAUAAAACACUGUUAUCAUAAAGAAAAAAAAUGCA